GCCGCGGAGACGCCUGGUCACAUGAUCGGAGCUAACAUGGCGGCGGCCGCUGUUAUGGGGAGCUGAUUGCAGGUGCCGGGGCCGUUGCCUGCAUCCGCCCUCAUCCCCGGCCAUGCAGAGCGAGAGAAGGGAACCCGGUGGUCGAGAAGAGGUGCGAGCGGGGCGCCUCUGAGAGGCCGGAGCGUCUCUGGGGCCGGAGCCGCUAGGGCAGGAGAUGGGGCUUGUUUACAUCCGAACGGGGGUUGGGCCAUCAUCCCUGAGGUGGGAGGGGUCUGCUUAUAUCCAUAUCCAUAAACUUGGAGGGUGCAUUUUUUUCAUUUAAGGACGAGGCAUACCCUCCUCCCAUCUUCGGGGCCGUGCAGAACGGCUUUGUUUAUCUAAGGAUGACACGGGUCCCUGGAGGGGAAAGACCAGGAGGAGGUUGUUGAUCUUUGGUAUCUAGGGACUAAGAGCAAUACAGGUAUACUUGCUCAUUUGUAAGGAGAUUAAUUUAUAGCUAAGCCAAAACUAGACAGCAUGCUGCAGGCUGCUUUUCCCCAUACAGUAGUCUUGUAGGCUGAGGAAUUAGGGAGUGGGGAAGUGGUAUGGAACCUUGCAAGCAGUUGGGAUGAACUACAUUUAGGGUGCUGUGGAUAUCUAUAUUUGGACAACAGCCAAGUCAGAGGAAAUGUGGGUGUAUUUGUGUUUGAAGAAGUUAUCUGGGGAAGAUUAAAUUGUGGUAUUGGUUUGAAUUGGUAAAUAUAGGCAACACCCAAAAGGGAAGUUUGUCAGGUAGAUGAGAGUGCUGUGGUGGGUUUUUCUAAUCUAAUUCCCCCAUACACUCCCUAAGACUGCUUCUCAGAAUGGGGUAAAUAACUCUGUGGCUUUCUCACCAGCAAGUUCCUAAUGCUUUUUUGCUCCUGAUCUUCUCUUAACAGACCUUCUUGCGAGUGAGGGCAAACAGACAGACCCGGCUGAAUGGUGAGUGCAGCAGAAAUCCUGUACCAUUUUCCCCCUUGUUCCAAGAUGAAGACUUUCAUUAUCUGGGCCUAACAAGUAUAAUGCUUCCUUUCUUUACAAGAUUCCUGAACUAAAUAUGCCCCAAAGGGUUAAAGCUUCAAAUCAAUCAUUUGUAUUCCUAACACGUUUUGUUCCUCUCUGAACCCUGUCUUAAGUUGCUGCCCCUGGGUUACAUUUAUGUAGGCCUCCCAAUGACAUUGCUUUUCAGGCAGCUUGCAAACCUAAAAUAUAAUGCGGUAAAGCAACAAUUGCAGGAAAUUAUUGUCAGCAAAGGUAAGAGAGAGAAUCAUUUACUCAACAUUAUUAAAAACACACCAUGUGGAAGCAGUAGAUUACAGUUCAAAACUUUAAAUAAUCACAGAUCUGAAAAUGCUUGGGAGAAUUAUUUUUUUAAAGUAUUUUACUUGGCAUUGAAAUGGCCAUAAAGAGGUGGGAAGCAGGCCUCUCUGAGGAGGGCAUGCCACAAUUGGGGUACCACCACUUCUUGUUAAAUGGCCUGGUUGAUAUUGCAAAGGAGAAAUUAUCAAUGCCAAGUAGAAGAAUUAUUUUACUGCUUGCCGUUUUAGAAAUAAUGAUUUUCUUAUGGGUGUAAUGAGAUUAGUCUUUUUUCCCAAUGGCAUUGUUUUCACUUGCUUACCUGCUAUAAUCUUCAGCUGUCAACAAUACCUGCUUACAGCUAAAAAAUACAUACAACUAUAAUUCCUGUUUGUUUCAUUUAUUACAACUUUUUUUUAAUUCCACCUUUCUUUCAACAUCCUCCCCCAAUGCUGUUUUGAAACAAUGUGCAGGAUAAAUGCCUUUAAUAUCUCACCUGGUUAUAUGGACCUGAUACCUCAGUAAUUUGCAACUUGGAGCUGAACCUAACUAUUACUACUGUGUAUGUAAUAGCAGAUUCCAUAAUUUUUGGUCUUAGGAUAGACCUGCCUUCAGAGAAGUAAUUAAUUCAAGAUGUAUUUUGUAAUUUUUAUCCAAUAGUACGUAAAACACAGUGUAUUGUCACUAAGUAGGAAUAAUUUUUCAAACAUUUUAUAUAGUGACCCUUUAUUUUAAUUGAUUCUACUUCCACUGCCAGUGAACAGAAAAACAUGUACUUUUAUCAUCUUUAAUUUGGUCAAGAGUAAAGAUUAUGAAAAUUCAUCCCUGAGAAGUUAAGAGCAACUUUAAAUUAUCCUGACAGUGCAAGAGGAAAUUUUCCUUGAAUUCUUGAAUGCCAGCAAGAUUCAGAGCUGUAACAUACUAUGUUGGAUAAAAGGAGAGAGCUCUUGAAUUAAUGAGGACUGUGCACUAUGUAGUGAAUACACGUGAUCUGACUUUCACAUACACAACUACAAUAUAUUUCUGCUACUGAAUAAUUCUAGGAUAUGAUUAAUGAAUACAAUUGCAGUAUUCUAUUGAUCAUCUUGCAAAUAUUUCCUUAGGACACUUGGAGCUAUUACUGGAAAUGAUUAUAGCAGAAAUGCUAAUAUUUUUCGAAAGAACAUGAUCAUUGUUGAAAGCAGACCUAGGUUUUGCCAAAUAUAUUGUAUGUUGGCUGUAUUUGGACAUAAUGCUAAACCAGCAUUCCCCAACUGGUUGCCUCCAAAUGCUUUCAACUUCAUUUCCCAUCUUCCCCAACCACUGAGCACGCUGGCUGGGGUUAAUGGGAGUUGGCAUUCAAAGAAUCUGGUGAGCAUCAGAUUGGAGAAGGCUGUGCUAAACCAUGGUCUUGCAUUAUAAGAACAAACCUCAGUAAACCUUGGGCCAGUAUACCCAACCCUCCCCUCUGGCUUGGCUAUAACAGGAAGAUCAUCACCAGUUUAACAUGUUGUGUAAACCAUAAGCUGUCAUUAGUUUUAACUGUGGUUGGCUUAAAUAAAUUAUCAUCACAGAUGUAUGAUAUGAAGUUGUCUUGUUUCCACUAACUAUAGUUUGACCUAGUUCAGAGGACACAGCAAUCUGCAAUGCAUCUAAAACCAGCAUUGAAAGUUUCCAAACUCUUCUGCAUGGCUGUGGUAGUGAUAGGGGCAUGAGUCCUGGGCAACCUGUUGUUCAUUCUCACAAUGCUAAAGUGUGGUUUAAUAUUGCAUCUAAACCAUUUCAUUGUUUCUGUGUUAGAUCAUUGUGAGUGUUUGGUGUCCCAUCAUAAACACAUCACUUGCUCUUCUUCCUCAUUAUCUUUACUAACUGCUGUGUUGUGUUAAUUGUAUAUUUUGUGAUAUUUGAAGAACAGCUAAAGUUAUAGGAUAGUUGGGAGUCUAAAAUCAGCAAGGAAAAGACUGGAGCUUGGGUCUUAAGUCCUACAGUGCUUUGAUUUUGCUUUGAUUUGUUAAGUCACAUAACAUACAAGAUUCACAUUCCUCUUUCAGUCCCCCACCCCACCUUUUCUAUAUACCUGAACACCAUUACAGUUUCAUUCUUUGGAAUACUGUUAUUAGUCAAGCAGAACUAGCCCAGCCACAAGAUUAAGUAACAAUAAUGAUUAUCUGCCUAGGAUUAGCAAUAUAUGAGUAGUUCACAAUCCUUCAGUUGGAGAUUGCUUUACACUUGCUAAACAACUUAAUCAACUCUUGUAUUUUUGUUCAUCCUUCCUUCAGGUUAUUUUUAGUCUAGAUUGGCACUUUCUGUAGACAUAGGCAGUUCAUUUAUCUUUUUACUUUGGGGUUCCACUGAACUCUCGGGAUAGAAAUCUGUCAUUGAGACUGUAUUUUGCCACACCACUGUUUCCAAAGUCUCUCUCUCUUUGUAGUCUUUUACAAGGACUUGGUCAAGAUGUCUUUGAAGAUCCAGGUGUGGUAAAAUUCUCUUUGCAGAUCCUCCCCUUCAACCAACUCAUUUUUUUGGAAAAUCAGUAACACUUCCAGCAACACAGAGGUUAUUGUAAAGAGACUAGAAAUCAACUGAUCUCUGCCGAGUGGAGGAAGUGAGUAGAUUAGCUUGCUGUUCCUACCUCUAUACUUUAUGUGAAUGGGCUAAUGUCUGUACCUUGGAGAGUGCUGUUGCAAACUCAUUCCCAUGGAGACACUAUAGAACAGAGUAUUGGAUUAGAUGGGCUUUUGGCCUGAUCCAGAGGCGGACUGUUAUUAUGGUUUCAGCUGAUGGUCUAAAGCUGAUGGAAUGCACUCUGCGUCACUGAAGUCAUCUGAGCCUCAAGGGACAGCAAAGGAUCCAGAAGCACCACCAAGAUGUAUCCGCUCCUUGAGAGGGAGUAUAACCCCAUCAGGAGCAGGCAGCUUCUCUUUCAUCUAGUCUAAGGAACUACCCACUAACAAUGCCUUUGCCUUAUCUGGAUUGAGGUUCAGUUUAUUGGCUCUCACCCAAUCCAUUGCCGAGGCACGACAACAGUCCAGCACAUCCACUACCACACCUGCAGAUAUAAAGGAGCAGCAGAGCUGUAAGUCAUCAUCAGAUUGCUGAUAAUGUACUUCAAAACUCUGGAUAACCCCAGUCAGCAGUUUCAUGCAGAUGUUAAAAAGCAUAGGGGAUAAAAUUGAACCCUGAGGAACCGCACACUGAGGGCUCCACAUUGCUAAAGAGCAUCUCCCAAGCAUCACCCUCUGGAAACAACCAUCCAAGUAGGACCAGAACCAUCACAAAUUGGUGCUGCCCACCCCUAUCUCGGACAGCUGCUCUAAAAGGAGAUUCUGUGUGAUGGUAUCGAAAGAAGCUGAGAGAUCAAGGAGAAUUAACAGGAACACAUUUGCCCUGCUUUUCUCCUGACAGAGAUAAUCAUACAGAGUGGUCAUAGCAGUUUCUGUGCCAAAACUGGGCCUAACCACCAUUUGAAAUGGAUCUAGAAAAUCAGGUGAAUAGAAGGCUUUGCCUGUACUAGAUAUUGCAUAAGAUAAAACUUACUUUUAUGUUUCUUUUGUUUGUUUCUACUCUCUGUUCCAUGACUUGGUCAAAGGCCUUAGAAGGUCCUUUAUGAGAAGCCAUGUUAGAAGAGUGCUAGUUUUUUUGGUGGGUUUUUUUAAAAAGUGGGAUGCAAAUCUAUGCAGAUCACAAUAGCUGACUCUCUUCAUUUUCCUGUGCCUCAAAUAAUUUAGCAAAUAGUGAUAGCUGCAAAGGGUGCACCACCUCUUUAUUAGCAGAAUUAGAGGUGUUGGAAAGAUAUGUCUUUGAAAAAUCUUUGACCUUGAUAUUGCUUCCCACUUAGAGUAGUUGUAUGCAAAGAUGGCGGUGGUAAAUUACACAUAUCAAGGGGUGCAACAGCAGAUCUUUAAGGAUGGGCAGCUUCACAUGAGACAGUCCUUCAUGUAGCUUGGUUUCAAGCCGUUUAGAGUUUUAUAGGUAACAACCAGCACUUUGAAUUAUGUUCUGAAAUGGAUUGGAAAUUAAUGUUGCUGAUGGAAUAAAAGGUUCACAUGAUCCCAUCACUUUGAAGUGAUGAAGAACCAAUGUGAUCAUUCCUCAAAUACAAUCAUGCACACUCUACCAAACAUAGGACCUUCAUUUUUACUUCAUGAAAAUAAACUCUAGUUUGCCCAGUAACUCUCAAACCUUGCUUCAAGCUGUCAGUCAUGAACAUUUCAGUUUGUUUUUGUGUUUGACUUGGACCAAUCCCACCUGUUCUGAAGCAGAACAGAACAAUGCUGGAAAGAAAAAAAGACAAUUUUUGUCCAGUGCUCAGAUCCCUAUAUUCCCAUAAUUAUUCACAUAAAUUGUCAUGGCUAUUUGUCACUAAAAAAAAAAUUCUUAUAGACUCUAGAGUUAAAAAGAAAAGAAAGAAUGGAAGAAAGCAUGCAAAAUGUAUAUAAUGUGAGAGAAAAAUGCAAGGUCUAGUUAUAAGAAUGCCCAAAUAAUGUAAAUACCACUCUAUUAAUUAGUUGUAAAGUAACAUGUUUUAGUGGUCACAUUUGCACCAAGUUUUAGAAAAUAUAUGAAGAACUAUUAAUGAAGAAAAAGAUACUAAAAUUAAAUAUUUGGCAUUUUUAAAUGAUUAAAUUAAAAAAUUGGCAUUUUAAAUUAUUUAAAUCAAUUCACUCUGACUAAAGUAGGUCUUAAUAUCCAGAAAUCCUAAUGCAUCUCACAACAAACUGUUCAGGUACCUUGUUAGACCUCAUAUCAGCACUGUACUUGGGACAUGCAUGCAGUCUUGUCCAGCACAAGAAACUGAAAUGGAGAGGACUUGAACCAGUAAUGAUUGGCAAGCGGUCAGGACUGAGUGAGGAAUCUGCCAGCAUUGCCUCUUUAGCAGCAGCAGGCUGAUGGAAUCUACUCUAGAAGCUUCAGGAUGAAUAAAUGGAUAGACAAAACAAGUUAGGGGGUUAGAAGUGAUAUUGACUGGGCCUCUUUAGCACAACUGGGUCCCUAGGAUAGAUGGCGUGCAGAGUUCAAGCUUGGGUUUUUGUGCAUAAAUGGCAGACAAAACAUAGAUCAAGCAUAUACAAGAUAGGUAUGUAAGAGAACUCAGUAUGAAUUCCAUGCUUCCACCCAGCAGCUGAGCUCAGCUUCAGAAGAGUUCCAGGGAUCUGCUGCACAUUACACAUGGAGGCAUGGCAAGAUAAAGGCAGGGGAUUUGUGAGAAAAUGAAGCAGAAUAAGAAAAGACUUCAGAAAAGGAGGAGUGCUCCCAUGCCCAGUAAGAAUCAUGAGAAGCCUACUUGUUUCCUAGAAAGACCUGUCAAUCAGGAGCAUAACACAUGAUAAACUCCCUUAAUAGAGCAAGAAAACAAGAGCCAGAUAAACAUGUCAGUAACAUAAAACAUGUCAGUAACAUAAAAGAUCGAACUAAGCAUUAGUUCUUCUAUCUAUGAGAGCCAGUGUGCUAUAGUGGUUAAGAGUGGUGGACUCGUAAUCUGGGGGACCGGGUUCGCAUCUCCGCUCCUCCACAUGCAGCUGCUGGAUGACCUUGGGCUAGUCACACUUCUCUGAAGUCUCUCAGCCCCACUCACCUCACAGAGUGUUUGUUGUGGGGGAGGAAGGGAAAGGAGAAUGUUAGUCACUUUGAGACUCCUUCAGGUAGUGAUAAAGCAGGAUAUCAAAUCCAAACUCCUCCACCUCCUCCUCCUCCUCCUCCUCCUUCUUCAUCUGCAAUACGUCAAGGACCACCUCUCUCCAUAUGAACUUACUUGGACCCUGAGAUCAUUUUCUGAGGCCCUUCUUCAUGUACCUCCUCCACAAGAGGUCUGAAGGGUGGCAACACGAGAAUGGGCCUUUUCUGCAGUGGCUCCCCAUUUGUGGAAUGCUUUCCUCAGGCUGGCACCUUCAUUAUACACUUUUAGGAGCCAGGUGAAAAUGUCCCUCUUUAACCAGGCCUUUGGCUGAGUGACAUCUGAUGCUCUUUAAAAGUAUGUUUUGGAAGUGGGGAUUAUUGAGGAGUUUGUGUUUUUAUUAUGUAUUUUGUGUCUUUUAUGUUGUGAUUUUAUGUUGUGAACUGCCCUGAGAUCUACAGGUAUAGGGUGGUAUACAUUUUAUAAAUAAAUAAAUUGGAUCAACAAAAUAGAUGAGUGCUCAAUGUGGAAGGGCAGGUCUCCCCCUGUAUUUUAGGGUCCAGGCAUAACAGUGCAGCUGAAGUAACUUUCUGCUGCAGGUCAAGGGCCAAAGUCAGUGUAGUCCAGGGUGAGCCACGGCCAUAAUGAAGAGGGAAAUUUGGCAAGAUAGAUUGCUUGACAUUAUGGACACGCUGGUGCACUGGCAUCAUUACUGUAAUAUAAGUGGCCUCCUUGCAUCCUGGGUGAGAACUGGAAUAAAGAAGCUUUUUUUAGAAGAGAUCCGCACUUAAAUGAGGGACAUUUAAGUGAAAGUCUUUUUUUCAUGCUGUUUUAUAUUCAGAUUUUUUUUUUUAAAAAAAAGCCCUGUGACUUAAGGGUAAGGAAAAAUCAACCCAGCCCCCCUCUUUGCUCCUGCGACAGGAAUACAGGGGAGAAGGAUUAGCGAGCUAAUUAGAAAUGAUUGCAUCUAUCAGCACUAAUUAACAAUACUGUGGUCUCACUUGUGUGUUCUUUUGAGCUGUUCUCCUUCGGGACAGCUCAGCAGUUGCCCCCCUUCCUCUGGGGCUCCUCCAUCCCUCCUACGUUGAUUAGAAGUGAUAGUUGAGCUCUAUAGUAGCAAUUGGAAAUUCUGUUCAGUGGCUUUCAAACAGCCCCCGUUUUUUCUCUCUCACACUCCAGAUCCACCUCUGCCUGUAUCAAGCUACUGCAAAAGGUGUUGGAACAGAAACUUUUUGUUAGCUCUUCUUCACUCCAUUUACACUUUUGUUCAUGCUGCUCUUACUUUGUGAGCAAAGCAAUUUUUCUUUGCCCAGUGUCUCAUGGGUCUCUAAGGUGGACUGUGUUGCUUAGAGCCCCUAAUGCUCUUAUUUGCUGGAUGUUGUUGAAAAGUUUGCCAGCCGAGGCACAAAAAUCCUUUGCAUUAGUACUGUGUGUGUCAUGAUAGCACACAAGCAAUGAUGGCAGAAAAAUCUGCUGACGUAUAACCGGUUCAAAAAGAUUAAGGAUCAGUAUAAUGACAGGUCUAAAAGUUUUGCAAGGGCACUUAAAAUUCAAGUUUAGUUUUUCAUUAAGUGGACUUUUAAGUUUAUAGAAAUGAUUAUUCAUGGACCCUGAGUUUUUAUGAAGUGGUUUUCAAGUUCUGUUUCCGUUAUUCUCACACCAGACUUAUGGAAUAAGUUACAUUAUGUCCAUAGGGUUUGCAGUAAAAUGUUUUACAAAUCAUGCCACUGGGAGUCAACAGGGAAUGUUGCCCCAGCUGCUCCUUGAGGGCAAUGAGAAAUAUUUCUGAAAUCCAGGUGGUUCGAACCAUGCCUCAUACAUAUUGAGGAUCUGAGCGAGUAUGACAUCGGAGGGGAGUCGUUAUUGGCUCUGGAUUUGGUAGUUGAGACCCACAAAUGCAAGUCAGGUGGGUAAGACAUACAGAUUUAGGACAGAUUUGCAAAUCAUAUUCCUUGGGUGAAUUAGGAUUACCUUCACUUGCCAAAGUGAGAGAGCCCUGUGUGCAGCUUCUUGUGGGAGGGCUCUUGCUUCCACCUUGGAGAAAAUGGGAAAGAAAAGUCCAAGAAAGCAACCUCUCUAACAGAGACCUGCUGAAGAUGGAGCUGCAGUCAGGAGAUAGUGCCUGAAACUGUUUCCUCUUCCUCGUUUCCCAGAAGUGUGAGAGAAGUAGUUAGGUGUGCCCCAUCCAGAAUGGACUAUCUCUCUUCAGAAGGCUGCAUCAACUCUUCUCAUUCCUGUACUCAUUCCCACAUACCAGAAAGGAGCUUUGUUAUUCUAAACACAGUGCGCUAGCUGUUUAGACUUGCCCUCUUUUGUCUCCCUUUCCCUGCUGGAGAAGGGGGGACAGAAAUUUUAGGUCCUCUUAGCUCCACUUCAAGUAUGAUGGAGUUGGCUUUUUUGUUUCUUGAGAGAGUGUUGUAGUUCUAAGUAUAGGAGGGAGAAAGUGGGCAGGUGCCCGUUAGCACUACACUGUAUAAACAGCCUAGUGAUAAUGGUAGCUGCACCUCUCUGCCCUGUGUUCUUCAGGUGGGGAGAGGAGCUCUAGAGUAGUUGGAGUGAGGAUAGUGGGGAUGGCUCAGGCAAAUGGAUUGCAGGUGGAUGUCUGAUCCUCCUCUGCUGAUUAAAUAGCCUGUGUUGCCAGCCCAAAGUGCUUGAAUUUGCUUAUAUGUUAACUCCAGAGAAAAAGGCCCCAAACAGAAAAAAAAUUAAUACCUUUAUUGAGUCAACAUUGGUCUGGUUAAAAGCUUUUGCUGGGUUCCUGUAUUGCCUCCUUGGAUUAUGACUAAAAGCCUACCCUGCUUAUGGCAUUUGUCUUACUUUCCAGUGCCUCCCUUAAUUUAGUUUUUGGGUCCUUUCUUCCCACUUGGUGUGUGCAGCAUCUCGUUCUCGCAGUGCAGUUGCAAUACAUUACAAUUUCUGCAGCAAACUGGCAGGCUCAUAAUGUCAAUAAUUGUUACUGCAUUAAGUGACUUCUCUGUCAUGUCAUCUCUUGUUACUACACAGAAUAUCCUUGGGCUCUUAUUUUGGUCUCUGUCAGAAUUCUGACCUUCCUUAUUAAGUUGUUCAUUUCCCCUGUCUGUGAUUGAAAUAUCUGAUAAUAUUUGCUUAAAGCCAUCUCUCUUAAUGAUCAAUGUUGUUUUAAUGCAAAUUUUUCAGAUGUUUUGUCCACAUUUAAUGAGGGUUCAAAUUAAUCAGCAGUUUGGUAAAGGAAAAAGUUCACCAGAGGGGCAUGUCUCUUGAGCCUACAAUAGAAUUUUCUCCCCAAAAAGCAAACUUCAAGCUCCAUAAUUGGAAUUACUUGUAUAUAUUCUGCAUUGCUUCUGCUUGUAGUCAUUUUGGGAUGAGAUGUAGGAGAUUAGGGAUAGAAUCUGAAAUUGUAGGAUUGAGCAAAGAGUACAAAUAGGGAUAGAGGGACAUGGUGCUGUUCUAAGUGAAAUCUUUUGAGCACAAUUAAGUCCAGUAUAGUCCUGCUGUGAUUUCUAAAUAUUUACUGGAAACUGCCUGUGUGUGUUUGGGUCUUUUCUCCAUAUUUCAAAGCCUGCUUACCUUUUAAGCAGAAGCUCUCUUUCAUAAUUAUAGAAAUCAUUUUGACGGAAACCCUUCUUUCUGACAUCUUCACAGCUGUGCAGAUUACUAGGCUCUUGGGGCUUCCCAUUUAUACUGAUUGGUGUCUUUUCUUAGAGCAAGCUUCAGGUAGUCAUGUUAGUCUGCAGAAGUGUUUUGUGGCAUCUUUUAUAGCAGUUUGAAAACUGUUCUCUAGUCAGUAUAUUGUAAAACACAACUAUUGAAUAAGUCUGAUUAGGAACAAUGGAGGCAAAAAUAAAAUUGAUGACUUAUCCUAGGGUGGAUUCAGGAGGCGAAUAGGACCCAACUAGUAUCUUCAUCCCGACAGUGUGGGUUUUGUAUUUGCAGGAGAUGCUGAACAUGGAAAUAGUGGUUCUUAGGCUUUCCCAGGGGAGGAACAGUAUUACAGUGGUGCCCCGCAAGACGAAUGCCUCGCAAGACGGAAAAACCGCUAGACGAAAGGGUUUUCUGUUUUGAAGUUGCUUCGCAGGACGAAUUCCCCUAUGGGCUUGCUUCGCAAGACGAAAAUACCUUACGAGUCUUGAGAUUUUUUUCGCUUUCCCCCUUUAUCUAAUCUGCUAAGCCUUUAAUAGCCUUUAAUAGCCUUUUAGCAGCUAAUCCCUAAGCCUUUAAGCCUUUAAUAGCCGCUAAACCGCUAAUAGCGCUAAUAGCGCUAAUCCGUCAAUGGGCUUGCUUCGCAAGACGAAAAAACCGCUAGACGAAGACUCUCACGGAACGGAUUAAUUUCGUCUUGCGAGGCACCACUGUAUAAAGAUAAUGGAAUCAGAUAUGCCCUUUUGAGGGCAAGGCACUUGGUUUGUGUUUGACUUAAUUUCUACUGUGCCGUGAGGAUGGUCGCUGUUUUUGUUCACUAGGGGGGCAUUUGGUUAAAUUCAUUAAAGGUUCUGUAACUGCACAAGAUGAAACUUGAGCACAGCUUCUCAAGAUGAAGCAGGUGGAGUGUGGUGGGGAGGAAACCACUGAGGCUCGGUGGAGGAAAGAGCAAAUGUUUGCCUUGAAACCUUGCAUCUAUAUCACACUCACUCUUUGUAGCUUUCAGUUAUUCAUAUUGUUUAAUACCUACAAAGCACCUGCAGUUUUAAAGUUCCCUAUAUAUCUUAAAAUAAGCUCACAGAUUCACAGUCUUAAUAGACAUAAUACAAAAGAAAAAAAGAAGGGAGAAGCAAGUGAGCAUUGGAGCAGCAGGUCCUUUAUUGGCCAAUGGAUGGGGCCAGGUUGGUCUCCCCAUUGCCAGUGUUCUUUCUGAAAGGCAUGAGAUGAAGCCUCACAGGGGCUCUAGGCUUCCUGGCUGACAUCAGAAACUAGUAUGUUCUUCCCUUUGGUUCCUCAGUCACUGGGCAACUAUAUAACCCAUUGUGUUUUUCUUUUCUCUCUGCUUUCCUCGCAUAGCUCGGAUUGGAAAAAUGAAACGGAGGAAGCAAGACGAAGGACAGGUAUGUCCCCUCUGCAGCCAACCUCUCUCAGGAUCCGAGGAGGAGAGGAGUAGGCAUGUCGAACAAUGCCUUGCAAAGGUAGAAGCACUGAGGGAACCCUACUGCCUCUCUCUCAUUUCUUCCUACCCUCUGCUACUCCUGUGAUCUGGGUAGAAACCAAAUUUGCAGAUUGAAGUCCACAUGGCCAUGUAGAUCUGUACUUGAGUUCUAUCUUGAAGUUUGGAGUUCUGUCUUGAAGUCUGGAUUUGGCAAUCUCAUUACUCUAAAGACAGUUUUCCUAACCUUUCAAAUGAGAAGGGAUAGCAGGUGCUAUUUUUGACUGUUAACUAGGAGACCGCCUGGCUUACUGCUAGACUUUGGUUAAUCAGACAACUGUGGUUUAACCAAAAUCCAGUAAAGCUCAGAGAUGGACAUAGAUUGGAGAGAAGAUGGUUAUCAGAAAGUUUCUAAUAGACAGUAGUUUUUCUCCCUCAUAUAAUAACUAGAAUCCUCAGUCAUCCUAUGAAAGUGAAUAUGAUGCAGCACAUAGUUAAUCUGCAGAAUUCUCUGCCACAGGAUCUAAUGAUAGCCAUCAACUUGGAUGGCUUUAAGAGGGGAUUAGAAAAAAUCAGGAUAAGGCUUUCAGUGGCUACUAGUCAUGAUGGUUUUGUAUUACCUCUGGUAUCAGAGGCAGCAUGUCCCUGAACACCAGUUGCCCACAAGUGUGUUCUUGUCCUGCUUGCAGGUUUCCCUGUAGGAAUCUGGUUGGCCACUGUGAGAACAGGAUGCUGGAUUAGAUAUGCCUUUGGUCUAAUCCAGCAGGUUUCUUCUUCUGUUCUCUGAUUUUUGAAGGAGGUGUUUAUUUUUUAGUGUGGGGUUGGGGGACUCUGGUAGUACAACUGCACAGUAUUAACGUUCUGAGCUGAUUUCACUUAGGUUCUGGUCUUCCUGCAGGAUAGGUGACACUACUCCAUCAACCUAUCAUUCUGGUCAUGGUGGCUUUUAUAGCAGCCUCUGAUACAGCUGACUGUGGACUUCUGUUUUUCAGUUAACAUACAUUGCUGGCAUAACUGGAGUUGCCUAAUGGUGAUUUGAACCAUAUUUUCAGGGUUGGAGUAAAACUGGCGAUAAGAUGAUUAAGCAUUGCCCUUGAAAUGGAGCAUUCCUUGAGGUUCUCUCCUAUUGGCUGUAUUGUUUGGUGUAUUUGUGUAGUCCUGCCAGUGCUAUAUUAAUAAAUAAAAGUAUUUUUGUAGCAGCACCUUCAUACACUUCAGGCUGUGCUAAAGAGUUAUCCAAUAGCAACAGCGAUCCUGAAACUUGAUGUAGAGUGUUACCCUUUUGCUCCUAGAAGAGUUGCAGCUCCAGCUCCACUUUUUUGCCUUAUCUAACUUUCUAGUUUUGCCUAGUUCAAAUAGUUUCUAAAUUUGAGACAUACUUUCCACACAGUAGCAAAGCUUAUAUGUGUGAAAGAACUUAAUUCCUUUCAUUGCAAGGAAGUAUAGUUUUGAUCAGAAACUGAAUUGGGAAGUCUUGAAUUCAAAUUUGGCCAUGAAUUCAGUAUUUGGCCUUGGGCAAUAAUGUCACAGCCUCUGUCCCUAUGGUUAAAUGGGAUACUCACCUCAUCCCACACUACCUUGGGGGAGCCAGUAAUAUAAAGUGAGCACUCAAUAAGCAGCAAUGAAUGUGGAUGACAUUCUUUUCCCUGCUUCGUUAGCUUUUGCCAGUACCCUGUGUCAACAUGUGCUUGCCACUUUGUCCACGAUUAGCUUUGUCUAUACAGCAUGCAUUGACAGGAAUACUACCUACUAGCACCGUUUUUAACCCAGGACACUGAAAUGAUGCUUGGUGCUUUAUUCUUUUCGCUUAAUAGAGGGAAGGCUCAUGCAUGAUGGAGGAUGAUGCAGUGGACAUUGAAAAUGAAAAUGGUAAUCGCUUUGAAGAAUAUGAAUGGUGCGGGCAGAAGAGGAUACGUGCCACUACUCUCCUGGAAGGGGGAUUCAGAGGUAAGCGGGGCAUUGUGAGGAUUGCUGAGAUGUGCUGCCGACUGAACAGUGCCCAGAUCCCCUCCCUAUCAUCCCAAGAACAAAACAGAUUGCUAAUAUUGGAGCUAUUGCCCUCCAAACUGUAGCCCAGGCUAAGGGCUCUUUCCCUCAGCAGUUUUUGUUCAUGCAUGUAUACCCCCAAAAGUUAUUCCCGUGACAGACAUACUGUCUUCACAAUGACAACAUGUGGAUGCUGAUGACGGUUGAAGCAGCUUGUCAUGCAUGUGUGACUCUAAAGGAACAUGGAUGUAAAUUCAUCCAGAGAGUUGGCUUUCAUCAUAGUAAUGAUCUGUGGUAUUAACAUUAACAGAAAUUUUAUGUUAUUUGUCUCCUGCCAGAAAAUGCAUUCACAAAAAGCAAUCAUACCUUACAAGAUCAAGAUAGUAAAGUUGCUUUUGUAAAUUUCCCUUUGUAAUUCUUAACUGUUAGAGAUUGCUUAAGGGAAGUGACUUUGCUGACAUGGUCAGGAGGGAAAAUGUUUUUUCCCCAUUCAUUGCAUCACUUGCCAUUGGAUGUUUUUUAAACUGUGUAACAGGCCAGGUGCUUGCUUCUCAGUGUAGGUGGGAAGUUGCACUUCUGCCAGCACCAAUAUUUAUUUUCCUAUGGCUAUGAAAACAGCAUAAAAUAGUAGUAGUUAUGAGUAAAACCCUGCUUUAAUUAGCCUUUGAGGAGGAAAUGUGGCCCAAAGUUGGGAGACAACAGGAGCAGCUACAGGACAAUCAGUUUCAGCAAUAUUGUGCAUAUUUUUAAAAAAUGGAAGUGGAGAAUGAAAUUGUAAAAAGCCCCAGUCUGGAGUGACGAAAGCUGGUUUAUCAGCCGCUGGUGAUGUAUGGAAGUUGACAGCUAAGUCACUUUAGCACCUGCAUAAAAUAUUAAAGGGCCGGUUAUGCAUUUAUCACUCCAUCUUUUUUAAGGCUGAUAAAUGAGAAUUCAGCAACCUGCCAUACACCUCCAGCACUGCAGCCCUCAGGGCUCCCAGACAAACACAUCUUAUUUUUCCUCCUUCUAUUCCUUCCCCUGUGACAGGAAAAUCGGCUGCAAAAGAGAGAAUGAGUUAUGGCAAAAUGUGACCUUUGUGAGUUUUAUUGGUGAAUGUAAUUUUAGCUGUGCACCUGACUCCUUUCUUACAUUCAGCCUUUUGCUCUGUGUCAGAAUUGACUAAACUGUCUGGUGUGAACAUUGUGAUUCUGUAGAAACAGUGUUCCACCCUUCCUUGACCAGAGAAUCUAGUACAUUGCCUCAUCAAAGUAAAAGUUGGCAUCCUCUUGUAUUUUCAUAGAUUGCCCUGGAUUCUAAUUUAAAAUAUCCCAAGGAAAAUCCCACUGGGAAAGGAAAUCAGGCUUAAAAGAUGCAUGAGUUACUAGGGCUUAUAAAUGAUGCUCUUUCUUUCCUGUUUUCCUUCACACUUUAGUCUAUGGAUAAAUCUGUACAAAAAAUAGAUAAAUGAGACUUGAGAGGUAAGCAGCACCAUGACAGAUAUUCAGGAGUUCAGCCAUAUGGGGAAAGUAUAUUCUUUUAGCUACCAAUAUAUUCAGAAUUUUGUCUACUGAAUUGCAGUAGACAAAUAAUUUUUUGCUGUCCCGUGGGUUCCUUGCACCCACAAAUUUUAUUCAUAAUUCUCAUUCAGCUGAUUGACUGUUGCAGGAAUGUGUUAACUUUUCAGACCCUGGCUAAGCCUAUGGAGUUGGUCUUCCUAUGCGCCCCGAGGUCUGGGAGACAGAAGCAGUUAAGUUCCUACGUAACCAGGAAUGUUGAGCAGUCUGCACUUUUGUGCACAGUCUUAGCAUGGAAAACAUAGGCAGCUAAUGUAAAUUAUCCCUGUCUUGUUUUUGAAGUGGAAAUAUGGACGCUCAUCAGUCAUUUUCACUGCUGUUUUGUACCCUUUCCUGAAAUACUUUGGAUUAGUUUCUCAGCCAUUUUGAUAGGGAUUAUCAUUUUGCUUGUUGGCUUUGUCAAUUAAGGAGCAAUGGAAGCCAUUUAGAUAUGUGUAAAGAAGCAAAAUCUACUCUCCACAUAUUCCCUGGAGUGUUUUCUUGAUCAAUCUAUUGGCUUGUUUUUACCACAUGAUGUUUCUAAGCUAUUGUCUCAUUGUGAUAGGUUGAGACAGGAUUAUUUGCAUUGGGUUCUGCUGUUGCAGUGUUAGAAGAUGAUGCUAAAAAUGACUGAAUAAGGUAUUCCAUAGUGGAUAUAUUUGAAAAGUGUAAUUCCACACUUUAUAAAGUGGAAUAGUAACUUUUGUAGCCUUUAAGGCCUAAUUCACCUUUAACAUAAGAGUUCACUUAUAUUGACCAUGUUUGGACUCAACACUUGGCCAUAAAGUGCACAUAGGUCCUGCUAUCGGAAGGCUUGCCAUCUGAAAUUUCAGUCAUCUGAACACAAAAAAUUACACCCAAACCUUGCUGCCCAAGUACUUCAUUCAGUUAUCUAAAUAGCUGGAGUUUGCUCAUUUCCUUGCUUCUUUGUGUUUUGCUGGUCAGUGGCAGCCAUUUUGAUUAGAAACCAGGGACGAACGGAGGAAGGGAAAGAGAUUGGGACAAAUCAAGGAGCAGGAAAGACUGUCUUUUGCUAGUUGGCUGCAGCAGUUUGGGGUGGAAACCAAGGAGAGAGGGCGAUCAGACAAUUCACAGAUUUGAAAUGUUCCCAUAGGAAAUAAUGUAAAUAAUCAGCUCAUUGUGUGGUUGCUUGCCUAAUGAAUGAUUUCCUGGGGACCCAUUGUGUUCAGAUAGCAAGACCUGCAUGUAUAGAUAUGUGGAUUAGUAUGUUCAUAGAUGUGUGUUUGUGCAUGCAGUUCAAGCACUCACUGUUGUGGUCCUCUCUUCUCAAAGCUGGGAAACAACUUGCAGAACUGCUGGCUUAGCGUCAUGUCCAAACUAGCUCUUGUGGCUUGUUUCUUAUUAACAAACCACCACCAGGAACCCAAGGGUAGUUCUUUAUUUCUUGAUUAUAGUUUAUUUGAGAUAAAGCAACCAGGUGCAUUGGUUCAGGUUUUAGUUCAGCUGCUGAAUCAGAUGCUUCUUGGUUUGUUUGCGUGCACCUGGAAGGGAGGAAUGAAGUGGGAAGUGCUUGAUUUGUUUAAAUGUGGUUUAUGGCCAUCAUUGCAUCCUAACAUGACCAUUGUGUGAGAGAGAGAAAGUGUGGGGAUACAAGAGGCCUGAUAGAGCUAGAUGGGCUGUGAGGACAGAGCUUAGACCUAAGAAACAGGGCGCUUGGUAGUACAAUCCAUACACUUUACCAGUUUCCACUUUCAAUAAGGUAAGAAAUAUGAUACAGCUGUUUGUAGUAAUCGGUUAGCUUGAUGUGUUCUCCCCUUGAAUUUAGGUUAGUGCAGGCAUAGGCAGACUCAGCCCUGCAGAUGUUUUGAGACUACAACAUUUACAAUAACACUUGAGGAAGAGCUGAAACAGAACUACACCCCACCCCACCCCACCCCACCCCGGUUAACUGGAAGGAGGCAUGGUUAGAACGGUGAAUUAUGCAGAGGUACAGCAACACCCUCUAUGUGGGUGACACUUCAGGGCAGCAUUCCCCAACCUGGUGGUCAUCAGAUAUUUUUGGACUACAACUUCCAUUAGCCUAGUGGCUACCAACUUUUUUUGACCACUAGGUGCAUUUAAAUUUUUGAGUGGGUUUGUAGGUUAUUCACAGAACAGCAUGUCACCACGACAUAGAGGAAGUAAAGGUGGAAUCCAACAUAGUACUAAGUCUCUCAUUCAAUCAACACAAGACUUUCUCCUUGCACAAAGGAACCUUCUCCCCCUGAACAUACCCUAAAUUUAUUCUAUGGGUUCCCCCCACUCUCUGGAGCAGAUUUAGGAAAGAGGGGAAUGUCCCAUUGAACAAGUUGAAAUCCUUGCAUUGAUAGGGCAUGGUAGUUGAAAACCACCCUAAGUGUUCAUUUUGUUUGACAGUCUAAAUAUUUACAGGUUGGACAAUAAUAAGUAUACAUGAUACUUUUGUGACAUUUGUAAUACUUGACCUAAAAACUACAUUUCUCUAUUAUUAGUUUUUUACAUAGAAGAGUACACUUAAUUCAGUCCCUCACUAAGGGUUAUGAAUUCAGUGUUAAGAGAAUAUAUAAUUUAAGAUGUAAUUUUAAACUGUUUUUAAGGGGCACACUGUGCCUGAUAUUUAAAAAACUAUGAUUUAAAUAAUAACAUUUGACAGGAAAAAUAGUGGGGCGGGGCGUACAUUGGUUGGUUCAACUAGUGCUUUACCAACAGUUUUGAUUUCUGGAUGCUGAAACUUGGGAGUGUUAGGCAUAGUACAGCAGCAAACUGUGCCCAGGUUGGAGAAUUCAGACUAAUCUCACAACAUUGUAAAGUUUUGUUGGAGACUCCCCAGUCAGUGGGGCCUGAAUUUAUAUCUACUGAGCUUGAUGAAGAAUUGUUCCUGUGUUCUGCGUCUAAUGCUCCAGCCUCCAUCCCACUUGCUGAAAUGCGGGAGGCACUGGGUUUCUUCUCACUUUUUCCCCCCUUUUAAAUUCCCUGCAUUUGUAGCAAUCCCUCACUUGUUCUAAAGAACAGCUACUCAUUUACUCUAGCUGUUUACAUUGCAAGGUUAUCCCUUUAAAGAAUUGCAGAGAGAAGUUGGGGGGGGGUGGAAUGCCUUUUUUUCUUUGAAAGCUUAGCAGUUUUGUCUGUGCGUCUGUUAUUUGUGAGUGGGAGGGAGGAAGAGCGGGUGAGAAAAAAGUGCUUUAUCCGAAAAGAAUCAUAUUGGCUUUGUGCUGAUAGAGGCUGCUGUCAUCUCUUAAACGGCUUAGCCCAGUCAAAAGGCUAGCGGACUUAAAACAGUGUCUUACACGAGGAUCGAUGGAGAAAACACGGCAGUGGUAACUGUGAGGAAAAAAGGGUGAAUGCAAGAGAGAUAACAGUAAUGAUUGCAUGGAGGGGAGCUGGAGGCAGGCUUGUUCUUUGUAGGAACCUUGCUUCAAAGGAGUCUGAGCUGCCUGGUCCCCAGGAUGUUGCUGCCUCUGUGUAUCUAGGAAGAGAGCCCAAGCCCCUCCCCCUUUGCUGGAGCAAAUGGGCUAAGUAGAUUAAAGCAUGAUAGGUUAUCUCUUCCCCCUAUGUUGUAUCACUUUUAGGAGAUUUUUUGGUCAAUCAGCAUAUUGUGUCAUUCCUUUAGCCAAAGGAGGUGAGUUGGUGUUGGGGAGGGGGGUAAGAGUCUAAACUGCACAGUGAGGGAGCCAUUGGGAAAGGGGGAGUUGGGCGGAGGGGGGGUGAAACGGUAUGUCAGUUUAUCGAUCGCACCUCAGCCAGGAGAGCUGCAGGCACAGCUAUGCGGGCACGAGCAGCAGCACUCCUAAUGUGAUUGAAAGGCAGUUAAAAUGGCGGUGACCUUUUCAGGGGGAAUUAGAUUGCCUGCCAAGAGUGGUUAGAGGGAGUGAUAACGCCAGCUUGAGGAAGCUGUCCAGGCAACUUCAAAGAGAGAGAGACAGAGACAGGAAAAGCAAGUGAGCGCAAGUCCCAUUUAAACUCUGAGCUGUACUGUCUGAUAGAGCCAAGAUUGCUGUCCUCUCUAGAUAUGAAGGGUUUGAAGAAUGUAGUCAAGUUCCCUGUCCUUGCCCUUCCUGCACUGCACCACCUUGUCAACGAAAGCAACAACUGGCCAGCUGUCUAUUCACCUGACACUCUUGGGGAUUUCAGUUGCCUUGAAAAUAAUACACAGAGGCAAAGCCCUAAUGACUGAAAGACAGUAUGCAAGGCUUCCUAGAAGAGUGAUUACUAGAAACCUUCCUAUGAGGAACUGUGUGGUAUGUUCUGAAUUUGGAAGGUCUUUCACUUACAAGCAAUUCAAAGGUGCUGGUGUUCCUACUAAAUGAGAAACCCCAUUGUUCUUGGUGUUCCAGGUUUCUUUGUCAAAAGAUUACUAACCAGCUGGGUGGCUCCUAAAUUGAGCCUUCAUGGCCAGAGGCAGAAUCCUUUGGAGUACCAGAUACUGGGGCCAACAAUGUAGGGAGGUCAUAUCUUGCCGUUCAGCUUCAUGGGGGCAUCUGGCUGGCCUCUGUGGGAAGCAGGAUACUGGACAAACCUGUGACCUUAUCUAGUAGACCUUUUCUUAAUUUGGAGAUUGAAGGACUGGCUCAGGAGCCUAACUUCUGUGCCAGAGCAAAGUAUUUAAUAGAUGGUAUUGUCACCUACACUUGUUAUGACUAUUUGAAGAGUCAGAUGAAUUGCUUGGCAUUUCCUGCAGAUGGCUGUCAUCCCACUCUUGGCUUACAGCCUGUUUCCCCCUUUAACUUCAAAUGCUUUUUGCUCUGAGCACUGAUGUCACAGCAGACGUUUUGCAAAAUAAACUGCAGAAGUGGCACCACAACCAACAACAAUAGUGAUUGUACUUUUAUGUGUGUAGAAUCCAGAAGCAUGCAAAGUAGGUAUCUAGGAGUGGCACAUGUCUGUUCCUACAGUAGGGGGAAAUACAAUUAUGAUACGUAAUAGUUUUAUAAUAUGAACAUUCAUGGAAACCCUGCACUUGACAUAUGGAAAUGCAUAGUCUCAUCUCACUCAAGCUGUUUUGUUUUCUAAUCAUUUUGAAAUAAUCUGCCUCUAGCAAAAUGUGGAUGUCAUACAGUUGUUCUGCUAGGAAUCUUAAAAUAUACAAAGGGUGACAUCCCGCCUACUUUCUUUUGAAAUUACUAGCUACAUUUUCUUGUUUUUCCCCCUCUGGAGCACAAAUAGGAAGAUGCUUUUCUUUGAGAGCGCCUGCAAAGCUAACAGGCGUGUGCCUGAUUUCCAUCAUCCAGUUUGUUCAGUUAAAGUUGCAUUUAAGGUCAUAUCAAAGAGAGCUGGCAGUGGCAUUAGACAAUGAGAUUUCCCAGAGGACUGACCAGGAAAUAAAAGGUAUCUGUAGUGUGUACAGAUCCUUGGAUGAAUGAAUCUGUAACUAAUAUUUGUUAUCCAUGGAUUUGAAUGGACUUGGCAGAAGGAAGGAGAGCUGUCAGUGGAGCAGCUUUCAAAUUUCAUAUCUGUGACGUCCUUAAUGUCUCUCUCCUUCUCCCAAUUUUGAAAAUCUGUUUCAGAUAUUGCUUCUUGGUAACAUGCUCUCUUUUGCCUUAUCCCACAAAUUAAAAAAAUAUCCUGGACUGUCUGCUUCCAUAGUUUAAUGCUGUUCUUUAAAAAAAGAAAACACAACAAAAACAACAACAUUUCAUUUUAAUUUUUUUUUUAAUUUAUCAGUUCAGAAACAAGUACACUGUGUGUCUUGAACAGUUGAACAAGAACCAGUAAAGACAACUAAAGGAAUGCUCAUGUUAUUUCUGCUCAUGUUAGCCCCUACAGAUCUUUUCUAGCCCUUCUGCUGCUGCAUACACAACACUUUGUUUUCUUUGUUUGCUUGGAUAAAGAUGAAAUGCCAUAGAAUGAAACUCCCUUAUGAUACAAACUGUAAUAUGUAUUUGUUUAUAUGUGCAUGUCUCUCUCAUUUAUACACUAAGCAGCAUGUUCGCUAUUGCAAGGUGCCUGCCACAUAGCUAUCUCUUGUUUCACUCAAAGGCAGAAAUUGCUCAAGACUGCUAGCUAAUCUAGUCUUGCUUGUCUUGAGCUGGCCUGCAACAGUUUUCCUUGUGUGAUGUGGAUUCCUGUUGUAAGCUUUUUGUGUAUACUGCACAGACAUGCAAAAGUCCUGCACCAAGGAAAUGUAUCUCUUUGCAGAAGAUAAAUUAAAUUGAAAUACCUGAAUGAAUUUACUUCGUACAAUCAUCACAGGAUUUCUGAAGCAGAAUUUAGAACGCUUUUCCCUCCAUUGAGCAGUAGUGACUUUAAAGAUGUAGAUUUAGCGCACAGAGAUUUUUUGGAACAAAACACACUUUGGAAAGAAAUUCAAAUUGUAGUUUCUUUCAGAAUGGCACCAUGAAUAAGAUAAGUAAAACCGACACAAUCCAGAAGAUGGAGAUGUAAUAUGUUUGGUGCUUCUGUGCUAUCAAAAGAGAAAGAGAAAGACAGAGAAAAGAGCCAUUGUAUUUCCUAAGAGCCCUUUCACUAGCUGAGGAAUCCCAUGCAAUUGUUAUGUAAGUCAUAUGCGUGAUAUCAUCUGUUGGCUAAAGCUGAAUCCUAACCCCACUUUUCCGGGAGUAAGCCCCACUGAAUUCAGUAGGAUUUUCUUCAGAGUAGGCAUGGUUAGGACUGGGUAAUAGUCUGAACCAGAACUCAGGAACCAGGUCCUUACUUUUCAGUGCAGAGUUUUAUUCUCAUUUGGGAUAUUAAUUAUUAGUUCAUCAUAGAUUCCUAACAGUUAAGCAAACCCUGUCUUGGCAUGGUCUACCUUUCUAUUACCUAAGAGGAGGCAGGAUGAGCAUUAGUGGACUCCUCUAGUUUCCAGUCUACCCAGUGGGAAAAUUUAAGUAUUUGAAAAGUUAAGUAUUUGAGGUGUUUAGUGAAAUACGAUUUAAGGAUUUGUGGUAUGCUCAUUCACACACAUAGUGGAAGAUGAUAUCUGGUUGCCUGAUGAACCACCCAACCUUAGAAUUAAUACGGUGCUUGGGAAAUACUCUUCUUUUCUUAAACGACAUACAAAACUUUAUUGAAAUUAGUUUUAUGACAUUUCUAGUUUACAAGGGAGAGAAACUACUCAACAUCCUAAGUAGCUUAUACUGUACAAUGAAAUGCUGGGAAUAUUUUUUUUAAUGUUGUUUAUACUUCAACACUCUGACGUAUACUGCUACAUUGUAUAAUCUGUAGCUACCACCAACCACUUUGUCCCACUUAAUGCAUCUAAUGCAUUCUUUUGUGAACCUCCCUGAGAUCUGUGGAUGAACGGUAGUAUGCAAAUUCAGUUAAUAAUAAUAAUAACAAUCAUAAUGAAGUAUCCUGUAUAAGUUUUUUUUCCACAAUAAAUUGGCAAGUUGCUAAAGUUCUGGUGUACCUAGGACCUUUUUUGGCAACAGCACAACGGCAGAAAAAAUUGCUAUAGCCUUCAUGCUCUGUACCACUUUAUAAGUCGUAAGAGAAAGAUAUAAUUGAAAGUUUUUCUACUUCAGCAACUUGCUGUCUUUCCAUACAGAAAGAUAUUUUUUUUAACCUGAGAGAUUUUAAAGGUUCACUUGGUUGCUUUUGUCACCCCGGAAGGCUAUACAGUGUGUAUUUCCUGAAUGCCUGUUCAUUUCCAUUCAAAUUUCUGGAGUUUUGAAAGCGUAGAUGACAUAUUUGAGGUCUCAUUUCCUCAUGAACAUGGUAGAAUGCAACACAGUGUUAAAACUUAUAUUUGAGUAUUUAUUGUCUGACUACAACACAAGCAUAGGGAAUCUGAAAUGAAAAUGACAACUUCCGGGGUGGCGCCUCCGGAAAAUGGCGGAAUUCCCUUCGGACUGAAGGGAACCCGCUGCACGGAGGCUUGGGUCCUGCCGCUACGGCGCAGCGGGGACCCGCAAAAACCACAGGCGGAAGAAGCCUGUGGACGUGGGACUCGGCGGGCACCGAGAGCACUCUCUCCCCUUGUACAGGAGCCCGUUACCGGGCUCCUGUACAAGGGGAGGUGCGUGGUGCUGUGAGUCGUCUGCUUCCUCCGUGCAGCAAAGCCGCACUGCCGUUAUCGGAGAGCGCUGCCUUUUUCCUGGACAAUUUGGCAUCUAAAAUAUCUAUCCGUGAGUACCUGAUCUUGGAAGAGUUGAACCACUUUUAAGACUGGUGAAUAAACAAAUAAUAUUGGACUUGAAAUUGAACUUAAUUGGGACUCGGAAUGGGAAGGUCUAAACAGGAAGUCGCCUUCCGUUCUUUUGUUAUGUGAAGAAAGCAAAGACAAAAUAUACUAAAGCUUGAAAAUUAAAUUCUAAGAGAACUAGAAUUCAACAUCUAAGAUUUCUGAACCCCCUUUGACUGCAGGAGAAGAAGGGGGUUGUAUUUGGACUUUUCAAUCCUGCGGAAGUGAGUUUAAAAUAAAGCAAUUUUCCACCGCCCUGAACCAGGAGCGGGCUGUCAGAAUUGACGUUCUGAAGUUUAUCCAGCUCGACAGUUAGUUAAAAGAAGGGUAACAUUUUGAUUCUACUGUUGCCUCUUGAAUUUGGAAGGGGAAUUUUGGAUAAAGUGUUUCUGGAAAAAGAAAGAUUGUUGCUGUUGCUUUUAUUCCUUUAAAAAAAAAAAAAUUCCAUCUAGUGGAAUUUAGUGAAAUUGCAACGCAGAGAGAUUAAAAGAGAAGGACUAUUGGACUAUUCUCGUGGGAAAGAAUUUUCUUUGACCUUGAAGGACAAUGCUAGUACAAAGGCUUGAACAAUUGUUCCUGGAAGGUUUUUCAAAACUAAGUGCCCAGCUGGACCAGAUGCGUCAGGAGACGACCUUGAUGAUGGAAGUUACCAGAGCACAGCAGCAAACAAAUGAAAUUCAGUUAAAGGCUAUACAAGCAUAUGAACCUGCUGUAGUGACGGAGGCUUCAGAGAUGGAGGGACCUUUGGACGGGCAAGAUCAGCCUUUGAACUUGAUAAAUGAACUUGGGACAAACCAGAUUCGGAAAGAUGAAAUGUGGUUAGAUUUGGAAAUGGGGGGAUGGAUCGACCCCCCUCCAUAUGGUUAUUUGGACCUUCCGAGUCUGGUGAUGGGCUAUCAGAAGAUUGGAGUAGCCGAAGUCUCCAAGCUUUGUGGAAAUUUGAAGUGGCAUUAUUUGCUGUCUGGCUUGGGCAAUGGGUUUGGGAUGGACUUGCUGCAAAGGGUCAAAAGCAUUUUCUUGCUGGAGCAUCCACGACUGGAAAGGAAUCAUCAACAAGAGUGGCGAAAGGGGCAAGAAAGAGACUUGAGGGCCUCGGAUACGAGACAACCAGGUUAAGGAGCCGGACUAUCGAGGUUAAAAGGACUGACAAUCCCGGGUCCAGGGAGGGGAGGUUGGUAGCUUACUGGACUGAAUUUGACUUAUUAUUUUUUCCUUUUUAUUUUUAAUAUUGGGAAUGCUUACAAAUGUUUGAAGGAUGUUGAAUGAAAUUACAUGGCUUAAGCAAGGAUUGGUAAAUGAUUCGUAAAAAAGGUAAUGAUGCAAGAAUUUGGUAAAUAUUGAAUAUAAGCUAUGAAUUUUAAAGUUUUUAUAUGACAAGAGGGAAAAUAGAAUAAGGAAACGUAAUGACAGAUUGUUAUGAAAAAACAGAAAGGAUUUGCUGUAAAAAUUAAAAAUUAAGAAACAAAAGAGGGGAGGAGGAGGAAGUCUAGAAGGAAGUCAAUAGAGAUUGUAAAGGACUUUAUAUUUUUGUUUUUCUGUUUCUCUUUUUUUUCUUUGCGGCUGGGUUUUCUUUUCUUUUUUGUUUAUGUACUAUUUUUGUUUUUUGUAUCCUUAAAUUUUUUUUUUGGAAAUUUUUGUUGUUAUUUUUUGAAAAUUCAAUAAAUAUCAAUUAUAAAAAAAAAUGAAAUGAAAAUGACAGAGAUGUGCAGCAUUAAUGUGUUGUAAUGUAUCUUUCUCCCCUAAGAGGAAUAUUCCUGUUCAGAGGCAGACUAGGGCAAAAGCUUGUAAUACUUUCUGAGUGUGGGAGCACACACUUUUUUCUCUACUUGCCUAAAGCCGUCCCCACUAUGCUAUUUAAUUCUGAAGGGCUCAGGACAAUCUAUGUACCAUUUCUUGCUGCCUAUCUUGGGGAGGACAGUUUCUGGAGAAGGAGAAGGUAUACUUGGGGGGGGGGAGUUAUUGUGUAGUGCCUCAAUUUUUCUUCCCUGAUAAAUAUAAGCUACUAAGCAGCGUGAGCAAACUGGUUCCCUGUUUUUCUCCCUCUGGUUCCUUUUAUUUUAUUUUAUUUGAAUUGACAAACUCAACUUCAUAGGUCCUAAAAGUUCACAGGUCCUUGUCGUGCUGACCCCCACCCCCACCCCAGUUUUUCUUUUUCAAUUAAUUUAGAAACUACUAUACUUCUGUAUACCUAGGACAUUCCCAUGUAGAAACUACUACCUUAUUUUUAGGUGAGUCAGUUUUGCUUAUGAACAGGGUUGCCCAAGUGGUAUUUUUUGAGGUGGGGUGAGGAAUAAUAGCAAUGUAUUUAUAAUGGCCUUGUGGGAUGGAUAAGUGGGAAUAAGUUCAAGUUACAGAAAGACAGGCUUCAAUUAAAUAUUCGGGAAGGUUAAACUAGGGUUCACUGCUCUCCUGUAACCUUAAAAAAGCAGGAUAAGUAUUGCAUGGAAAUAAUUCUGGUGCCUAUUGCAUGACAACUUGUGGCACCACUAUUUCAUUAGACAGUGCAGUUUAAAUAAAGGGAAUAACUGAUGCUUUAUCUAUUGCGUGCAAGAUUAUUGAAACUUGAAAGAGUUUAAGGAGAAUCUUAGUAUCUGUUCUCAGUUUACUCAAAUGCAGCAUUUGAGUAAACCAUUUCCUUUAUAGCAUAGCCCUCAUGUGCUGCAACAGGGGAGGAAGAGAUUAACCGGCUGUCGGGGGACAAAAUUUGAUUGUUAGGUGCACUAAAUUGGCAGGAGGAAUCUAGGGUAAUGGGGUGACAUUUAAAAGUACUCCAUGCUAGAAACUGACUAGGUUCCAAGUUGAGAACAUACAUUUUAAUGUACAUUUUCUUAGCUGUUGGACUAGCAGGCAUGAGCUCAUCUACUCUUGGUUCUCACAGCAUUACUGAAACAAUAUUUUGUGUAUGUGUGUACCCCCAUGCUUGGUAGGAAGGUUCUAGUCCGUCAUUUUUUUCUCCUUAUCCCCUCUCCUCCCCCUGCAAAGCCAUCUGCCUUGAAUACAGCUUCUCCUGUGAGCUUUGGGGUUGCCCUUCAGCCUCAGCUGUCAAGAUAUUGAUUGACGCAAUUUUAAUAGCAUUUUAAAAUACAGUUGUUAAGUUGGGGCAGUGGGACUCUUCUCUUCCUCCUCCUUCCUACACCUCCACCACCACCAAAGAGGGGAAGUGUGGUUUUUCAAUGACUUUAAACUGCUUCUUGUCUUUGCAUGUCGUUUCUUGCACCAAGCGGUGAAACGCAUUAUCGAGUAGUGCCCAGAAAGUGGUUAACUGCGUUUGACACACGCCAACUCCCUGCCUCCACACUGGAUAAUUGCAUUGUCAACUAUUCAGUAAAGUGGCAGGUGACACUGCUGCCGGAUUGAUUGUCCUAGCAUUGAGGCUCCUAAGACUGUCAGCUUCCCAAUCGAUAGCGUUUACACAAGACACCGUGACUGCAUCUGUAACUAAUUUCAGUUUGAAACUUGCAAGACACUGCGCUGCCCCUGUUUUCUGGCUACAUGUGUUUAGUGACUUGCUUCCUCUCUUUGGACCACAGGCUUGAUACCAUCCUGCUUCACCCCCCUCCUUCCUUGGAAAGUGCAUUCCUGUUUUUAUUUUGGUGUAGCAGGUGAAGAAAUCGAUGCUGUGUGCUGUGCCCUCAAAAGCAGGCAGAAUUACUGCAGAUGGCUAACUAGCAGCUCCAGUUUUGUAAUCAAUAGCCUGAUCAAUUGAUUAAAUUAACACUGAUUUUCUUCCGUCUUCCUGGCCUAUAUGAAAAAUUAGUUUGCAGUGAGCAUGCAGGUUUGGCUUAUAAAAUACAGGCCUUGUUAUGCUAUCCCAUGACUCUUUUCUAUCAAGUUUGAGUGCAUUGUUAUUUAAAUCAGUGGACAGCAAGACAUGCUGCUUCCACUAGUGCCUUUAAAUGGGGACAUUGCUCUGGGUUGCUUACCAAACUUGACUACUUCAUGCUCGGCUGCUUUAGAAAAGUCGUCCCCUCAGCUUUUCCGCCUUCCUCUGUUAUUGGCAGAAUUGCAAUGUGACUGUGAUCCCUGUCAGUGGUGCUUAUUGAUCCAGUGAUGUGAACCUGUUUAGUGAUUCAAGAUUACUUUAAUUCCCCUCUUUCCUUUUUUGUUUUCCCUCGCUCCUUACAUGAACAAAAAUUCCCCUGAGCCACCUUCAUGGAAAUUACGCCAAUGAUUGCUAAGCCUCUGCUUGCAAAUUUCCCUUUGUAUGGCAGCCUUCCACAUACAAGCACACAAAUGCAUGCACGCCUCCUGCUGAACAUUAGCCUGGCACAGAACUGGAGGAAUUGCCAUAGCAGCUUGGAUAUGGGAUCCUCUUUCCAGCUGUAUCCACUGUGUGAUGGCGGCACAAAGGGGAACUUGUGUAGUGCUCUCAGCCAAGUUCUGAGGUGCUGUUUACAGGAGGAAAAAUCCUUUUGCAGGCAACCAGCUUGCCCCCUGAGGCACAGGCUUGAUGACUUUCACCUUGGCAUGCAGCAGUACCACAAAAUAUUAAUGGCCAUAAAAUUAUACAGCCCCCUCUUAAAGUCUCCUCCUUGGUGUGUUAGUAAAGAUGACUACAAGCAGUUGGGAUGCAGACUUGCAGCCUAGGCUCUGUUUUCUUACAGCGUGAAAGAUGACUUUAGAGUGGCAGCUCUACUACAAUGAUCCAUAUGCAUGGCCUCAAACACUGAAGACCUAUGUGUGUAUUUUAUAAAUCCCAUGAUCCUGAUUAAGUUAUUUCAUAGCAGCCAGUGAAAACCAGACUUUGCAUUUUUCUGUGGUCAGGUUAGUUUUCCAUCAACCUGGAGUCAUGAACAUUACUAAUCCAAUUCAUCUUUACCUGAUCGUUUAUAGUGCAACAGGGUAAUAGAACAAUGCAAUUUAAUAACUAAUUCCAACAAACAUUAGCCAUCAAAGGUUGACUACAGCGAUCCUUUCCUUUUGCCCUUUCUUUUUAAAAGAGUCAAGGCAGUUUGCUUUUCCCCAAGCCAUUUUUAAAGGAAAGCUACAUCCGUGCCACUAUGCUCUCUUGAUGCUAGUUUGGGGAUGUUUCGGCAGCUGAGGAAACAAACACUGCCAAGAGCUGUUCCCAGGAAAUGUGUGUGAGGCCUGGCAGCAUUAAAACACUUUUAUUGCUGCUUUUGGGGGUGGGGGGUGGGGGAGAGUUAUUCCUUAUCCAGGAAGGAGCAAGCAACACUUUAGGCAAAGCAGGUGAAUGAGCUCAGCCAGAGGUUGGUAGAUGUUGUGGGAAAAGUAAUUAACAAAACCUGCUGUUUUUUUUAGUUUUUAACUAGAGACUGUAUUUUUUACCAAAUCUCUCUAUAUUACCCACAAGCGCUGUAAACACUCAUCUGAUUUCUGGCCAUUACAGCCUUGGAUAGGUCUCUGCACCAAGUGAGAGGUAGAGCAUAAUUCAGUUUUUGGAGAUUUUUUAUAUUGAAGAAUCAAGUGUUGUGCCUUGAGCACAUUAGGGACCAACACUAAAGACUCUUCCGUUGUAGGAGCAGGACAGACAAGAUACGCAUGUCAUAAGCAGAUUAGCUCUUCUGCUCUGCACUAGAGCAUUGCUAAAGGUUCUUCUGGCAGGUCAUUAUUUCAUUUGUUAUUUAUAUUUUGGAUUUAUAUCCUGUCAGUUUUAUUCAAAAAGAGCCCUCUAGGUGGCUUACAAUUUAAAAUCAAUAACAAUACACAGCAACGUAUCCAUAAAUGACAACCAGUGACACACAGUUAAAUUAUAAGCAGUAGCAACUUCAGUAGGAAGUAAUCAUGUGUGAGCAAAUUUGGAAUAAUAAAUAGUGAGUGAAAACAAAUAGUCGAUUCUUAGCAUUCCGGACAGUGGAACUCUAAAGCCAUUGUGUGCUACUAUUCACAAUGCCUAAAUGAUAAUCAGACAAGUGGGAGAUUUACCCCUUAAAUGCUGUAAAGAAUAAAACAGAUUCUGUGCUUUAUUUGCUUCAGUUCUACUCUUCACUUAUAUAAAGAUGAUGUGCAGUCUCAUUUCUGUACAGAAUCUGUUUUUAGCACUAGAAAGUUGCAUACAUAAUGGUAAAUAACCAGCCCAACUAAGGAUACAAUUGUACCCCAAGACCAGUUUUAGUUUUUUUUUUUUAAGUUUUCUUAUUGCUAAGGAAUUGCAAAGUGAAUUACAAUGCAACUGCUACUUAUAACCAAGCAAAGCACGGUUCACGUAUGGCCUUGUUAUGAUGCACCGCUGCCUGUACUCAGUGCUGGUGCCAGAUAUUUUGCACCCUAGGUAAGGCUAACCUUGCGCACACGCAUACCCCCCAAAAUGGCUAACUUCAGUUUACAAAAAAUGAUGUAUUGUAGAAAUCAUAAAAUUCUUCAAAAUAUAAAAUAUUACUAGAAAUUCAUAAGCUAUAACAAAAAAUCAAUCUGUAAACUGUGCCCCUAAAAGGUCAGCACUGCGCCCCUCUGAGGUCUGUGCCCUAGGUGGCUGCCUAGUUGGCCUAAUGAUAGCACUGGCCUCCCUUUACUGAAUCCAUGGUUCUGAACCCCACCUAUGAGCAAAAUUGGAAUAUAUUUUUGUUUCUCUAGAUUGAGUUGUGCAAGACACCGUAUAUGUUUCAAGUUUGAAUCAGGUGAAAUAAUAUGUUGCCUAUCUUUGUGGUAAAAGCAGACUUAAAAUACAGGUGGCAGUUUUGUGCACAUCCAAUUGAUUCAUGGCUGCUGAUGCCUGGGUACUUUUGGACUCCACCAACAUUUGUAGGGCCCAGGAACAGAAUUCCCAUGCAAAUUGGUCGCCACCUGUAUUUAUCUUUUUAGAGAAGAUGGGCAUGCUUGUAUAUAAAGACUUUAAACUAUUUAAAGCGUGGAAUGAGCUGUCCAUGUUUGUGUGUGAGAGAGAAAGGGGGUGGGGACUUUCUGUGUAAUUUCAUUCAUUUAUUUACAUUUAUACCCUGCACUCUCAAUUUAAAGUCAUGUUUUCUAAUGCAGAAAAGCUAAAGCAACAACUAAGCUAUAAAUACCAAUUUUUUUAGGAAAACAGAAAUAUAUUUGCUAGGUACCUUAAUAAUAGUAGUAAGAGUGCUAGGUAGGUCUCUCUGGGAAGGGUAUUCCAAAGAAAAGGCACCAUCAUUGCAAAGACUGGCUCUGUUACCUUCUGCUGCACUUCCAUUUGGUGGGGGCUCCAAGAGAAGAGACAACAGAGGACAAUCUCAGUAGAUGAGCAGAUUGAUCAAAGAUAAAGUAGUGAAACGGGUAUCUGGAUGCUGGGCUUUAAAGGUUAAGAACAACCCUUUGAAUUGAGCUUGGAAAGUUGCCUGGAAUCAGCAAAGCUCUUUCAGUACAGACAAGAUAUGAUCUCUACAGCUGGUCCCUGUUGGCUGUUUAGCCUCAGUAUUCUAAAUUAGCUUCAGUAAUCCAACCCAGAAUUUACCAGGACAUGGCUAACUAUGACUAGACUUUCAGGGGCAGGGGUGGGGGGUGGGGUGGGCAGUUAUCAGCUUGAGUUGAUAGGUCUUUUGUGCUGCUGAGGUUAUUUGAGCCUCAAAUGAUGAAUCUGAAAACACUCAUAGUCUGAGUACUUGAUCCUCUAGAGAGGGUGCAAUCACUUCCAGAUCUUGUUGAAUACCACCUCUCUGCACCUCCAUCUUGUCUAGAUUGAAUUUCAAUUUAUUGACCCAUAUCCAGUCCAUUACUUCUCCCAAAUACUGAAUCAGUACUUUUCUGACUCAGUUGGGGGAAAAGUAGAGCUAUUAUUGUAUAACAGCAAUAUGGAAUGUUCCAUUACUUCCAGCUUCCGGAAGUGCAGUUCUAUUGCAGCCCCAAUUUUAUUCGCAACACAAAUAUAAUGGUGUUAGUUAGGGCUUUGCAGCAAGAGGAAAAAUAUUUACAUCUUUUAAAAAAUAUGUGGGUUUUAGUUCUGGAGUGAUGGAAUACAAAUUCUUUCAUGAAAAAUAAAUUUAUUGAAAUGGAAUGCAGGGAAGAUGUAGUUACGCACUUUACCAGUGAACAUUCAUGUGAGCGCUUACUCUGUAUGACGUAUAAAAUAUAUAUUUGUUUUUAAAGGGCAUGGGAUUUUAUCUUACUAGCGUAGUCAUGGGUGCUGUUAAACAUACAGAUGUCUAGCAAAACAGUGCUUCUAGGUUGUACUUCGAGUGGGGAGGCAUUAGAUUUUUUGGAAGUAAAAGGCCAUGUAUCUUCCCAUCCCAGACAUUCUAGCUUGAUCAUGAUUGAAAAAACAGACCCACACAUUGCAUGCAAAAAGAGGAUGGUGGAAGCGAAAAUAUGUCACAAGAGUGGAAAAGGAAAAAGAUGUUGUGUUUAUAGUCACCCAAGAGAAUAAUGCUGGUCACCUUCAUUAAUAAGAUAAUUAAUUCAUUUUAAUCUAGGUAUGCUUGUCAUAUCAUCAUAUUCCGUGUCAGUGAAUGCCACAGACUAUUGAUGCAUUUCUGUUUUGCUUGUAAAUGAAUUUCAUCACACCCUCUAAUCUAGAAGUAUACCAAGUAGUAGGUCAGUGUUCUCUAUUAUUUCCCUCCCAAACUGUUCAUAAUUUCAGUAACACCUAUGUCAUGCUAUAUAUCUUAUCCACUCAUACAGAAGAACCGUGGAAACAGAUUAUAGAAAAAUGGUUCUUUAGAAAGGCAUAAAUAAUCAUUUUUAAACUCAGAAAUUGGAGAGGGGGAGAGCUGUCUAAUGUGUGCAGUUUAGAUCUGGCCUGCUACACAUGUGAAAUGGGCCUCUUUACUCGUAGCAAAGGUCCUGUGGCUCAUAUCUCUGUGGGGCUGUUUCUUGCUCAGAACUCCUAGAAUGUUCAGCAUUAACUCAAUUUUGGUGCUGGGUCCAGCUGCUUCAAGGCCAGGCAGAGCAGAGCUGUGUACACAGUGCUCGAGGGCUACUGUGCUCUCAAGGUAAGUGAUCUUGAUAGGUACAUUCUGACUGAUGAGAGAGUUUGUCUCCCGAACUGUCACAGGGUUUAUAGAGGUGCCACUCAACACUGGAGCUGGAAUUGCUUGUCAGAGCAGCCGCCUACAAGAGCAAUGGGGAUCGGAGACAGAACAGUAACUUUGUUUUUUCUUGGCUUAAUGGCUCCCGAGUCUGACCUGCAUGCUCACUCUUGUUUGUCUGGACCUUUAGAAAGGCAUCUUGGAUUAAGACUGUCAGAAAAUGGUGUUUCUUUAGCUUCAGUAGGGUUAGUUAUAUCACCAAAAGUAAAUGGUAUUCAGCCAAAAGCUAGCAGAUUGGAAGGAUGAGUUGGCAAAAUUAUUUUCUCUAAGGAAUGCCAAAUUGGGAAUUAAGAAGUCUUACGACACAAUUUUAAUAAUUUUAAAUUUCAGUGAUUUAACUGUAAUACACUUGCCUCAUCUGAAAGCAAAAAUAUGCUUUAUCCCUUUAAAACUUCUCUACUUCUUCUUCUUCUUUGAGUCUAUUUAAGCUGCUGCAUAAAUACUAGUUAAUAACACGAUAGCAUGCUUUGUGUUCUUUUAACCACCCCAGAUGAGAAGACAUCAAAAUGGGCCUAAAUACACAGCAUUUUAUUCUGAUUAGUCAUAUUUGGAAGAAUGUGGUGAUGCCCAAUGGCUUUAACAGAGAUUUAGCAAAUUCUUGGAGGAUAGCCCUGUAAGCUGCUACUGGACAUGAUUACUAAAUGGAACCUCCAUCUUCAAAGGUGGUCUCCUGGGUACCCAUUGCUGGGGCUAGCAGCACAGGAGGUUGCAUGACUUGAAAGUACUGAAUGAUAAGAAAGGGGGAACUUAAUCUGGAACAAAGUUAAUCAUGACCUCUACUGCCCUCUGGGGGCUGGGUUUGGCCAAGAUUCUGCCUCGGAAUCUGAUUUGUAUCCCAUUCAACAGCCCUGGAAUAUGUGAAAUGUAAGACAGCACAUCUAAGCACUAGUCUGCCCAAUCUAAAGUUUAAGAAUUUCUAGAACAGCAGGCAUAGGUUCCAAGUAGGCUUCAGACCCAGCACAUAUCUUUUUGAAAACAAAACAAUGCUCUUUCCCAAGCAGAGCCCAACCAUCCUCUCUGAACCAGUGCAAAAAAUAAUAAUAAUAAUGCGCCUCCUCUUUCUCGCACCUGAAGUCCUGACUUGAAAAUUCAUUGCUUUCUGGCUGCUACAAGGGAAAUGUUGCCAGCGGUGUUCAGGAUGAGAUUGCUUAUGGCUGACCAGAGAACUGAGGAAGCAGUGAGCUAGCCUAGACGAGUGAGGCUUGGGGAUUUCAUUGGUGCAUGCAUGCACAAUCCCACAUCCUGCAGCUUUCUCCUCUACAUAAAUGGUUACUUUCUAAGUGAGAAGGUGGUAGGACUGAAAUAAGAUUUGAAGUGUCUGAGAGCAAAGGUAUUCUGUUUUAUUUUACAGUUAGAAUUUGAAGCAAGGACUGCCCUUUUGUUGAUAACAUUAAGAAUUGACAGGGAGGCAGCAGGAGAGAGAGGCUUAUGCAGUAUGAGUCCAUUACCAGAAAGGCCCCGAUUGCCUACCAAUUAAUAGAUCUUAAUGGCUGAUUUACGAGCAGGACCCAGGCAGAUUCAUAUGGGUACAGACUUUUCCUCAAAUAGCCUACAAAUUAAGAAAGGGAUAUGCAUUCAUAAACAUGGAGGACAAAUUGGUUUGAACCCUAAAAGCUAGUAUGAUUAUGUCAGGUAAGAGGUCUGGUCUCCCUGAAAUGCAUUGCCCCAAGCAAGCAACCACCUGGGUAUAUUAGAACCAUUAGCCUUAUGGGCAGGGAAGUCAUGGAAUUGCCUUCAAGCAUUUUUGUUGGAAUUCUUCUCUGUCUUGGACUUCCUGUCCUUUUCCCCACUCAGGGUGGAAUUGUGCUUGUGCCAAAGACUAGUAGUGUGGUUGGUUUUUUUUAGAUCUUUACACUUCAUUUGCACGUGUGCAUGCACAUAUGUGCACACAUAGCAGCUAUGAGCCUAUUGGGUUGUCCUGCUUUUAUAAACCCCAUUUAAUUCAUUUAUAAAGGUUCUUGUCCAGAAAUCUGGUUUGAAUGAGCCUGGGAUGAAUAAUUAAUGUAAAUCGGUUUAGACCUCCAAUAUUUAAACAGCUGCUGGCGUGUUUUCACUGGCUCUGUACAGUGAAAAAAUGUGAGUGAGUUGGGACACAAAAGUGUAACAAAAGCCUUGACCCUGUUGGAAUCGUCCCUAUAUCCAUCCUUAUGCUGGGCACAGGGUCCCUUUUUAUAGGUAGUGUCAGCCAUGUAGGAGUCACUCUUGAGAUUCUGGAGAUACUAUAAUGUUACCCAGUGGCAACUCAAGAAUUAAAAAAUAAAUAAAUCUCCCUCAGUUACUGCAUCAUAGAGCAGAGACCCAUGACUUUCUGAAGCUGGCAGGUAGAUUGCUUAUGCAUCAAGUCUUCCUGUAGAUGCAUGAACUUGUUUUGUUCCACACAAUGAGAACUCCAGACCACUUCUGCCACCCAUAACACUUCUGUUGUGCUCUCCUGAUGAAGCAUAAGAAGCUUUACAGACUUAAUUUUCCUUCUCUGGCAAAGUCAGUUGACUGGAGGACAGAAAGGUAGGAUGCUAAGUGUUGACUACAGUAAGUAAAUUUCAUGUGCAUACAUGCACAUCAUUCCAAAAUAUGAAAGAAAAAAGAUAGGCGACUAGAACUUUUAUGCAUAAUGAGUAAUGCAACAUUUUCUUAAUUUACAUUUUCUGGUUGCAGAAUUUAUUAUUGUAUUUAACGAAAUGUAUAUACCACUUGCUAGGCUUCUUGUAAAGGGCUUAGAAGUUUUGCUGCAAUCAAGUGGUAUGUAUGUUUUGUUAAAUAAAGUAGUGACAACAUUCCCCUAGUGUUCUGCAGUAUCACCAAAUCUUGCAAGUGAUUCUGUAAGUCAGUAUGAGAUUUUUCUUUCCUUCCUUUUCUCUUCUCUCCCCGCCCCCACCCUGUGGCUAUGGCCAUUUCUGGCCAGCUACCCAUUUCAAUUUUUAAGCCUCUUAAAUACAGUACUAUGGGCUAUAGUUAACUAACUUGUUGGGCAGGUUGGCAUAGCUUGGGGAAAACAGCCUGGCAGACCAAGAUUGGGCCAGGAUUUGACAAUAUUUACUGGGUUCUAACAAGAAUUUCAGAAAAUAAAGUUUCAACAGAGAGAAAUCUGAUCAAAAUUCUACUUACGACUCUGCCUCCUAUCAGGAACGCAUGUUAGCCUUGCCCACUUACUGUCUCAUUAGGACUUAAUUUCAGGCCUGGUUGAAAUGAAACUGUGAUCAUACUUUAGGUUCCUUCAAGGUGCAGCCCUAGUAUUCCAUAUAACAAUUUGGACUCCGGUGGCAUCAUAGGCUUCUCUCUUCUACUUUGCAGUCUUUGAACUGCGCUUCCUGAGCACGUAUAGAAAAAUGCAACUGUGAAAAGGAGAUUCUUGUCUCUGACUUUGUAUGGUAAACUUUUGUUGCUUGUACUGUGUUCUGGUAGCUUAAUUUGACAUAUAGGACAAGAAAUUGGAUUUCCUAAAAGCUGCUUCUUUCUCCCCAUUUUUGUAUCAAUUCUGUUACUGAAGUGAAGCAGAGAUGAAAUUCAUUUCUAUUCAAGAUUUCCUCCAGCCUCAAAUCUUGUUCUACAUCUUUAAUAUAGAUGGCAUUCAGAUCACAGCCCAGGUCAAGCCAUAACUUCUGCUUUGUAUUUGAGAGAUGGUGGGAAAGAAAGAAGCUUGUGUGUUUAGAGGCUGGGCUUUUUAGAAAUUACAAGCUAAAUUAUACCUGAUACUGGCAUACUGCAGGCCAGUAUCUGUGUGACCUCAUUGUCUCUACCAGUGUGAAAUAGCACUCAUGCUCUUUGGGCAACUAUGGAAAAGUACCACAGUCUUUAGCAACUCUGUCCUGUUUUAAAUCUAAAUAAACUGAAAAGUUGGUACUUGCUAGACAAACCAUUGCUGAGGAGGCUUCAAAAUCCUGGGCAACUUGGGGUACUUCCAGAUGUGGGCGUUACAACAUAAAUAAGUUACAAAAAUCCAGUUUUUCUAUGUGUGGGUUUUAGCAGAUAAGUUUCCACAAAUUCCAUUUUUUCAGUCAUGAAUAUUCAUUGCUAUUCCGUUUUCUACACCAGUGGGUAGAACUUGAUGGAAAGUAUCUGGGCUGUUUUUCUGUCCCUUAUGUCAGUCAUUCCCCAUCCUUUCCCCCCCUCCACUACUGUUCUGGGGAUUUUUGCAGGUAUUUCAGUUCCUGUGCAUGCACAUCUUCAAAGAAAAGCAAAAACCCAGGAAGUCUGCAGGAGCAAAUAUUAGCAACCUUAGUUAUCAUUUUUCACAGUGGACAAAAUGGAGGUGUGCAAAGGCUAGCCAGGAUUUCUCUAUAAACUGUAUUGCCAAAUUGUGUGUUGUCUUGAAAACAUGGCAUCCAACUACCAUUGCAAAAUGGCAGAAAAUAUCUGAGCUAACUUCUUUUGAAAGUAGUAUUCUAGAGCAAAAGUGAGAGAGGUUGCUGAUUUUUUUCUUUCCAAACAUGUCCCCUUCCUGGAAAGUUGCUCUGGAAGCUCAGGGGACCAUCUGAAACAACAUGGGAGAUGGCACUGAAAGGUGAAGGGAAAAUCUGCAAAAUAUGCCGCCACCCUCUUCCUCCUAGAGGAGGAAUGGAGCCCUUCCAUUUUCAGAGGUUGAAAUAGAAACUUACUCAUAGAAAAAUAAGUUCCACACUACAGCCCAAAGUGGGUAAACAAAACAAUUUUGCUUUUAAAUCCUUCAUUUGAGCUGUAUAACACUGAAUUAUCUGAGUGCAGAAUCUGGGAUUCUAGCACAGAAUUUUCGACUGCCCAUAAGAGAGUUGUACAGGCAAGUACAAUAUUAGACUUAGGGGCUGGUGCAACUGAAAGGAAUGAAAGGUUGAUGGAGGGAUUUUGCAUUUGUGCAUAAAGUCUAGAUGCCAGAUUUAUGACUAGGAUUGGAUGCCUCUGGUAAUUUGAGACGAGGAUAUUCCUUAUAACAUCACUUGAUUUUUGCUUCUGUCCAUUCAGUACUAAAUAUACUACUUUCUUUGAAACACCUCCAAUAAACAACACCUUUGUCCCCUUGGCUCUCUGCUCAUUAAAAUCUUUGUGAUGUGAUCUAACCCAGUGCAUGGGCACGGGGUGGGGUGGGGGUGGGAUGGCAAGCAAUUCAGUUUUAUGAAAUUGUAAAGAUCAUGAAGGAAGUGAUGAUAGUGUUUGGAACCAGUUUCCUUCCUGCGCACAAAAGUAUUCUGCUUUACAUACCAGUUUAUGUGUGGUCCAUCAAGCCUGCAUUGAACCCUUAUUUCUCACUUCCCCAUUUUUGCAUUUGGAGUCUAUAGAAUUCUUCUGUGGUAUACAAGCCUGGAGUGUGUUUUUCAUCUCCCAUAUUAAUUGGAUGUUUCUACGCAUUUACCACCUCCUGUUUGCAACAAACCUAAUAAAUCACAGACUUGCUAGUUUUUGGCUUGAGUACACUUUUUCUGUUGCUGAGCAGUUCUGGUUCCCAGUCCAGUUUAUCUCUGACAGACUGUGUCAUGACUCACAAUUCUCUUUGCUCCCCCAGCGCGCUCUGUCUCUCUAUAUAGAGAAAGAGAUUUAUAGAUCAAGAUAUAUCGUGACCUCUCUUCAUACUUAUGAAAUUUUACAAUGUUACCAUUGUAUUACAUACAGUUGAGACAGGGAGAUAGCCUGGAUCAAACCAUAGCUAAAAUGAGCCUGGAGGAAAGUGACUGCUGGAAACCUAUGCAGCUAAAAGACUGCUUUCUCUCUCCCAUGCCAUCUUUCCCCUCCCCUAGACUUGCCCAGGCCACAUUUUGUUCCUCUGUGCCCUGUGGUGACACAUUGCACAUCUUUUCUUUUCCUUCAGGGUCCGGGUUUGUCAUGUGCAGCGGCAAGGAGAAUCCAGACAGUGAUGCUGACCUUGAUGUGGAUGGAGAUGACACACUGGAAUAUGGAAAGCCACAGUAUCAUUUUCUAGAGGUGCUGAACUCCCACCAAGAGACUGUGGCUCUGCUGUGCCAAUAAAACUCUUGCUGCUCUUGCCUAAUUCAUAACAUUUUCAUUCAGCUAGGAGAGGAUUCCACAAGUUCCCUGUUCACUGAAAUUGCUCUGUUAGCAACUUUAUUUACUAGUCAUGAGCUGGGUAGUAAUUUCACCAGUUCCAGCAUCUGAUUCGUCGCUGAGGAGCGAUGAUUUCCUCCUCUGCUGUUUUAAGAUGAGCAUGUUCUUAUUAUCAAACAGCUGUUAUUGUGUUUACACGUUCCUUGUGGUGAAAGGAACCUUGUGGUCUUUGAAAUGCAUUCUUUAGUACUUCAGAAUUUCUGGUGCCAUUCUAAUUGGUGCACUAUAUUGAAUUUGUAUGGUGUGUGUGUGUGUGUGUGUGUGUGUGUGUGUGUGUAUAGAAACUAGCCUAGUGUGGAAAGGUACAUUCACAUUCAUUGAUCUGCCCAUUUUGCAUCUGCCCCUGCUCACCACUGCUGUGUGGGCCCCAGAAAAAGUUACCCAGAAGGAAAUGUGCCCCUUGGACUACAAACAGUUCCUACCCAUCCCUCAAAGGAAUUCUUGGCUGCUCUGCCUUGAUGGCUUGGGAUAAGCAGUGAAAGCUUCUUAUUCAUCAGGCUGUGCUCUCCUUAACCCUCCAUGCUUAGAUACACAGAGGCAGAUAUCAUUCCAUGCACUGGGGAAGAACCAGGUGAAGCCAAGGAGAGAGAGGCGCUUCGAGGUGCAGUCUUAAAGUAAGUGUGGACUUUUAAAAGUGCUGUCUGGGAGUGGAGCAGGACAUGCUUCAUGGUGCUGGGUGGGCGGUGAGGACGUUUCUCAAAGCAGAUAUAUCAUAUCAGUGUGAGAUGCAAGCAGGAAGAACUUCGGAAGCAGCUACUUGCAAAGAAAUUGUUACCCAUCUAUAACACAGCAGUAAAGUCCCACCCUACUCCUUGGCCACAUUUAUGCCAAAGGUAGUAGUUCUUGUUCUUUGAGAAAUUAAAUCCUGACUCUGGACAUAGCACCUCGUACAUGGGGCAUUGUUCACUGGAAAAAACUCUCAGCUCGCCCAUUAGAAAUAUUAAAAUCAGGUAGAUUUGUAUAAUACUGAUGAGCUUAUUUAUUUACAGUUGAGAAAUAUAGGCUUUGUACAAUUUAGAAUUUUUGAUAAGACCCACAUUAUGAAUUUUUGACAACAGGGCAGGGUGCAAAAGUUUUUCAUUGUGUGGAUAAGGAAAGGAGAAGGGGUGGAAACCCUGUUAAGCAUGCUUGUGCCCCAUUUGAAAUAAGUAAGACAAGUGCAUACAGAUCAUAGAAUUGUAGAGUUUGAAGGGACUACAAGGACCAUCUAGUCCAAACCCCUGCAAUGCAGGAAUGUCAAACCCAUAUACUGAGUCAAUCAUUGGUCCAUCUAGCUCGGUAUUAUUCACAUCAGCCUUUGCAGAUGUUUUCUACAACUUCCAUCAGGUGCAGUCAACGCAUCCAUGCUGACUGAAACUGAUGGGAGUUGUAGUCCAAAACAAACUGGGGGGACCAGGUUGGUGAAGGUCAGUCUACAUUAAAUAUUUGAGGCUGUUUGUGGUUUCAUAUAGGGGUCUUACCUGCAAAUGUCAGGGACCUUUUACAUGUAAAUAAUGUGUUCUGUCACUGAACUAUGACCCUUCCCCUUCAGUGGAUUAAUUUUGAUUUUUUUAAAAACUACUAGCACUCUUUGACCAGAUCUCAUUAAACGAUAGGGAAGCCUUUUUCCACUGGUUAAGGUGGUACUCAAGAGUAGUUUUUUCAAGUGACUCUGGCAAUUACAAAUCACAGUGACUGAACCACUGGCAAAAGCAGCUAAAUCCCCCAGAUCAUUCUGGAUUCUGGUAGGAUCCAUAAGUGUCUAGGAGUUGACCACUUUAAUGGCUCUCAAGGUCCUUGCAGUGUUGAUUAUGUAUUCUGGGCUGCUGUCUGCUAGACUUCUCCACAGGCCUUGUGUGGAAGAUUCUGGAAAGCAUUUCAGGCAAAUAACUGAAUGGGUGUUAACAGAGAGCUAAGAAAUGGAUUGGUUUUUCAAGCCCUCUGCCCUGUGUGGAAACAGCACUUACAUUGCUCCAGUCUCUUAGGCUGAGUGAGCCUUGGAGGUCAAGGUUGAAGAGAUUGAUAGAGCAGUGAAAUGAAGUUUUCCUACUGCUUAGCUUGUUACAAGCAGUGGCCUGAAAUCAGAUUUCACUUCAUAGAAACACAUAUCUGCCUCAUACUAUUGCUGCCUCCAGUAAUUUGAAUUGACAGUGACUAAUAUUUGAUGUUGAAAGGAAGGCAGAAAUGCCAGGGUGUUAGUGGGGAGUUCUGAUGGUUAACCUGCCCUAUCCCUAUAGCCCAUAGUAGGUGGUAGCAAUAAUUUAAGCAAUGUAAUAAUAAUUUAUUAUUUAUACCCCACCCAUCUGGCUGGGUUUUCCCCGCCACUCUGGACGGCUUCCAACAAAAUAUUAAAAAUACAGUAAAGUAACAGUAAUUUAAAAUUAUGAAAACAGUGAGAGUAUCUCUAGGUAUGCUUAAAUUUAGCCGUUUAAAGUCUGCUUGAAUGCUUCUGAAAAAAAUGCUAUUUCAAGUAUCAGUGAGUCUUGUUGGGAAAGAAUUUCCACAGUUUGUAGGGAGUUAUGGAAAUCAUUUCUGCAUGCUAUUCAAAGCUUAGCAUGUGGCUGACACAAGUAAAGGGAGAUCUUGGUGCACUCUUGGUAAAUCUUAAGAAAGUGACAGAACAGAAGAUGAAAGGUGGGCUCUAAGUUCUGUAAAUGCUAAAAUCACUCAAGAACCAGGAUCUUGAAUUGCAUGUAGAAGAUGACAAGGAGUCAGUAAAGAUGUAGCAUUGGUGUAAUCCACUCUUAACCCACCAUUGCAGUAGCUGCAUUCUGCACUGACUAGAACAUGUCUUAUCUCCCUUCCAGUGGAUACAUAGUUAUGGCUAGGCCUGGAAGGCCUCUGUUCAAGUUCAUCUUCUGUUAGGGAUUCAUUGCAUGGGCGGACAGAUUUUUCUCUCAGUUUCCCAUAUGUAAAAUGAAAAUAAUAGUGUCCUGCUUUAACACAGUUGUGAGAGUAAACACAAAUUGAUUGUAAGGCAAUUGACAAACUUUAAAUACUGUGUACAUAAUCAUUCCUAAUAAUGGUGAGAAGAAAUGCAUGCUGUGGGAUUUUUCCUGGGACAAAUUUUCACUGCUGUCUCUUUUUCCAGUGGUGGCACGCCUAGUACCCGAAUAACACCAGAAUUUUCUAAGUGGGCAAGUGACGGUGAGUGUAAGAUAUAUAUGUGGCAAUCUGUUGUGUUGGCUUGCAUAGUGACAAUCGGUAUUUUAUGGUGCAGUUUUAGUAUUCAGCAUAUUGGGAGUAUUAUUAUUCCUGUGUGCCCAACACCAGAGAUCUGAAGUAGUGUAAUAGAGUGGUUACCAGCUUUUGAGUUUUCAUGCAGCAGUUUAAUUUGUGCUCCUGGAGAUGGAGACAGGUUAUUGCCUCCAUUUUCAAAUAGAAAAAACUGAAACUAUGGAGUCACCCAGAGAAGAUUAUGGUGCAUUAUUUCUAUCCCACACUUCUGCUAAAUGCCCCCAGAGUGUUCUGGAAUAUAUCCCAAGUCACAAGAAGUUUGAAUAUGAUUUUCUGGCUUUGAAUCCUGUGACUAGCCUGCAAUGCAUUCUCAUUCCUCUUGGUUUGGAGGAUGAUUUGAGAGACAAGAAAGCUUUCCAUUUAUUACCAUAAUUGUGUUUGAGGUUAUUAUGCAUUCUGAGAUAGCAAAUCCCGCCCCCUGCUUUUUUGCCUUCUAUAGGUAUGCAUGCCAGUGUCACAGUAUUUGUUUAUAUUACCAAAUGAUCAGCCAUUAAUAUCUUUCUCAGAAGCCUUCAGAGGUAAGGUGUAUAAGACCUUUUCAGUUCUGGGAUUUUAACUUUGAAAUGCCUGCCCAAGAAGGUUCAUCUGGCUCUGGGUCUGAUGCAAUUUCAGUGCCUUUUGAGAUAUCUUUUUAAUUUUCGAUGUGUUUUGGUUUUUCACCCUUUUAAUACAAUACUUUUAUCUGGCUUCUGUUCAUAUUCUGCAUUUUAGAUACCGUACUUUUCUCUCUAUAACACGCAGAUUUUUUCUCCUAAAAAGUAAGGGGAAAUGUCUGUGCGUGUUACUGAGUGAAUGUGUGGUCCCUGGAGCCGACCCUCCCGAGCGUAGGGGCAAAAAUCAGGCAAAAAUCCAAUCGCGCGCGUCAGGGAGAAGGGAGCUCCGUGAGAGAGGAAGCUGUUGCUUUCCUGCAUUCUGCCUCAGGGUCUUACUGCCCACCCUCUUCUGUUUCGGUUGCUGUUUGCUCAAACGGAACAAAGAGCAGGCAAAUCCCCUCCCCUCCAGGCAACCCCUCCCCCUCCAGGCAAGCAGAGGGGAAAGGAAAGGAUCGCGUCCUUCCUUCUAACUCCUCUCCGUGCUCCGGUGCUGCUGCGUCCAGGGAAGCAUUUUAGGGACUCGCAGGCAGCCGGAAAACAUGCAGGUGGGGGGGGGGGGAGAGAGAGAGAGAGAGAGAGCGAGCUGGCUUGGGUGGGGGGGGGGGACUUUUGCCUUCCUUUCCUCCCUCCCGUUAAACCCCUCUCCUGCAUUCUUAGCCAGCUGCUUCUCUGCACACCCCUCUCGUGCUCCUUGUCCCUUCUGUGUUUUUCCUUCCCUCUUAAACGUGGUUACAAAGCACGGAUCCACAUGGAUCCUCAGGAUCUUUGCAUUGGGUCACCCCAAAUUCACCAUCAGAUCACAUAGCAUGUCCAUGGCUACAGCCUGCACCAAAAAAAUCACGCACCCACUGUUGCCUGGGGCUGCAAUGGUGCAAAAAUGUGGUUACAAAGCACGGAUCCACAUGGAUCCUCAGGAUCUUUGCAUUGAGUCACCCCAAAUUCACCAUCAGAUCACAUUACAUGUCCAUGGCUACAGCCUGCACCAAAAAAAUCACGCACCCACUGUUGCCUGGGGCCACAAUGGUGCAAAAACGUGGUUACAAAGCACAGAUCCACAGGGAUUCUCAGGAUUUUUGCAUUGGGCUACCCCAAACUCACCAUCAGAUCACAUGUCUGUGGCCACAGCAUGAGGCACAAAAAUGAUACAUCCACUGUUUCAUUCAGAAUUUUUUCCCCUUGUUUUCCUCCUCUAAAAAUGAUGUGCGUGUUAUAGAGCGAAAAAUACGGUACAUGAUCUUUAUAUGAAUUGUUUUAUUUUCUGUCUGGUAACUGCGUACAAGCAGUGGACUGAAGAACAGGAUAAAACUUUUCAUAAGAAAUGUAAAAUAUUUAUUUUAAGGUAUAAACAGGGCAGCGUUCAUGAAGUCCCACCAUUUUUAUUCUCUCAACCCUGUGAGAUAGUUCGGUUUUUGAGAGAAAUUGCACUUCUAGGAGCUUGAUGACUAGGGUGUCCAUAGUCCAAAUCCCACUCUCUCUCUCUGAUAUUGCCUCUUGGUUGCUAUAACUAUUGACAAGUGACAUUUACAUACAGGUUAGAAAAAAGAUGGGGUGCUAAUAGAAAGUAUGGCUGGAAGUUCCCAGGCAGGAUGUAUUGAUGGGGGGGAGAAUUCUGCAUUUGGAGUAGAGGGAUAUUUUAAAUAAGUUUGGCGAUCAUUAUCUUCUGGGGGUUUUUUCUAUGUGAUUCCACAUUCUUGUUUGUGAUUUCACACCAUUUUCUUUAUCCAUGGUAUUAAAAAAUAAAAUAUUAUCACUAUGGAAAUUAGCUCAGGAAUUGGGACAAUACUGUGCAAGUAGAGUUCAAUUCAAGUUAAACUCCUGAGAAGUUCCAAUGCUAGCUGUCCUGCAAUGAUUUUGAUUUAUUAUAUUUCUGUGCUGCUUUUCAUUCAAAUGAAUCCCAAAGCAGCUUACAAACAAUAAAUAACAGCAACAUAGUAGAACAUAAUGGAACAUCACAAAUACAGCAUAAAUCAUAUAGAAUAAUUAACAAAUAAUCAAUGAAGCAGUUAUAAUAAAAAAUAAGCUAAACAUCACAGUUAAAGCAAAAGUCAUAAUAGAUGAUUAAAAAUUAAAACAGAAUUUAUAAUCUGUAAAACAAUAACAUUAACAAAAUAGCAACCCCAAAAAAUAAACUAGGCACUGUUAAGUUUAUACACACACUCUCCACAACCCCAUGACUUUCAUGCUAUUCAGCACAUUAAAAUACACCUACACAUAAUGCCCCUGGCAACAACUCCUUUCUGAAGGUUCCUCAGGAUGGAAGUGAGGCAGCAGCUGCACCUGUAGAGCAAAACCAGCUGCCCCCUGAUGGCAAACAGUCUCUCUCUUCUUACAAUUCUUCCUCUGGAAACAGUGCUCCUCCCCUCAUGAUUUCAAAAGGCUUGUGAGAAAAUUCUCAGCCUCUUCUGACCACAGAAAUGGCGUUACUUUGAUUCCUAUGUGUGGGUAAACCUGUCUGGCUUGUAAACACAUGUUUCUUCCAGAAAACCCCUUGAAUAGAAAACCUCUAGAAUCCUAACUGCAAUUCACAGCAUUGACGAAGAACAAAUUGCACAUACAAGCCAUUUACCAAAUCGAUUUCAUGAGAAUUGCUCAAGGAAGUUGAAGUGGAUCCUUUGUGUCUAACUGGUUUGAAAACUGCUCGUAAUUCCGAGCGCUUCGGUUUUGGGUGAACAGUUGCCAAUGUAAAGCAGGAAAUUGAUGGAUUGCUGCAAUUUGUCAUAAUUUGGCAUCCCAGCCUCAUUAUUUGCUUUGAGUAAUCCAUGGCCCUAUCAAUUCCAGAACUACUUUGUGGGCUAUGAGUUCUGCAGGUCUGCCAUACUUGGCAAGUCAUGAAUGCGUCUUGAGUGAUACAACAGUACUUGUCACUUGGACACUCCAGCAUGUUAUUGGUAGUUUCUUCUUGGGAACCAGCACUAGAACAAUUCACCAACAAUUGGGUUUCUCUGACUUUUUGUGAAUAAACAUUUCCCUUCACUGAUCUGGGCUAUUCCUUACUUUUGCAGAAAUGCCAUCAACGAGUAACGGAGAGAGCAGUAAACAGGAGCCUAUGCAAAAGACCUGCAAGAAUAGUGACAUAGAAAAGUGAGUAUGGCUCAGGAAUGUCUGUCUUUGUUAGGGAUGGCAAAAAAGACUGCCAGGAGCUUUCUAUCAAAGGGGCAUCACUGUAGCACUGACAUGCUGCUUAUGGCUUUCCUUGUGUAGUUCCCACAUGUUUCUCAUGCGAAACAUAUCCAGCUUUUAAACUCACACACAGUAUUUAUCUCUCCCCUAGCUGAAUGUCAGAUAGGUUUUCCCCCAAUUUUUGCUUGUUUUUCAUUCUUCAUAGGAAUUCCCCAUCUGUAGGACGGAGGAAAAUCCAUUUUGUUUGUUGACUCUAAAAGUGAAAGGAUGAUUUUAUAUUUUGUUUCUAAGUCCCUAUUGUAGUUUCUACAGCUUUAGAGGGAUGAUGGCAAAUCUUCCCCUUGUGUUAAAUUCUCAACAGUAUCAAAGUGCUGCCCUUUUCCUUCCCUUGGGAUGUGUUAUUUUUCAGAAGCUUUACUUGAUAUGGCCUGCCUCUGGAAAAGAAUAAGAUUAUCUUAACCUUCAUUUCCAUUGGGGAUGAGUCACAUGGGACUGGAUCUUUUGCUUCACCAAAGUGCAGGGGCAAGCCUAAGGAUGAUACAUGAUGUUGCACUGUCUCCUUGCAGCAAGGCAAUGCUAUGUGCAGUAAUAUCCUAUGUCAUUUUUGUAUGCUCCUAAUUAGCAGAGACAAAAUUGAAGUCUUAAGCAUAGAAAUAGGCUAAGGUCAUGAGAACAAAAAUAUGAGACUAUAGAUGCAAGUUCCUUAGACUGCACCAUGUUUCCGAUGUCCCACAGUGCAUACAGGAUUAUUAGCCAGUGAUUUGUGUGAACAAGUCCAAAGUCUCAGGGCAAUUAUCUACCAGAACAAGGUGCUGGGGGGUUGAGUUGAAUUCUCUGUUAUUGUAGUCCAAAGCAGAGAUGGGUAUCCUGAGACCCUCCAAAUGUUAUUUUACUCCUAACUCCCAUCACUUCCACCUGGGGUGGCAAAUGGUCAGGGAUGAUGGAAGUUGUAGUCCCAGAGCAUCUGGUGAGAUAUUGGUUCCCUAUGUCUGCUCUUCUAGAUUAACACUCUAGAUUGGGCUACAAUUUUAAAUGAAAUGCAGAAGGAAAUAUAUUGCCUGCCUCAGCCUCCUGCAUUUGUGUGCCUAGGAAUUAAAAGCCAGGAUUAUAGGCUGUUCAGGACGUUGGAGGCAGAAAUCAAGAGAGGGGUGAAAGGAGAAUUUCAUGAUUUGAUUAGGCAUGAAUGUUAGUUGUCAAUGCAUGCCAGCUUCCUUUGCAGGGAUUUAGCUGCUUGUUGCCAUUUUUUCACCUAUCGCUUAGCCAUCUUUUGAUACUGCCUUCCAUUUAGGAGACAGGAGAAUUCAGUCUUCUUCAGCAGUCUGUGUCAAUAGCAUUAGUUACCAACACUUAUCCCCCUCGGAUCCUGGCCUCCCAAGCAGAGGUUUGACAUUUUCCAGAACAAUCAGUUGAUGUCAUCUUGAUCAGAUAAUUUUAAAAGCUUUAUUCAGUGUCUCUUGGCAGACCCCACAUUCUUUCCAAGGUGGUGCAUGCUAUAAUUCGGAGUUGUAAAGUAUGGCACCCUCCUCUUUGUGACAAGUUAGGACCCCUUGUAGAGAGCACUGAAAACUUCCUGACUUCAGAAGUCAAAAAUUACACUUGGAUACUCAGCCCGCUACUUUUCUUAAGAAGGUAAAAACCAAAUGCCAUUUAUUGCACUUUACAGCAAUUUCUUGGUUCAUGAGAAAUCCCUUGUGGUAAAGGGUUACUGCUUUUUAGUUAGAGACUUAAGUUCCAAAGGGAACAGAAAACAAAAUGUUUAGAAGCAAAGGUUCCAGCUGCGCUGUCCCUGCUCCUCCGGGAGUUGUGUGUGAUAAAUAGUUUGUGUUGUGAUGGUUAAGGAGCUAGAAUGUUGUGUGCGAAGGGGUGGGCUCUGUUAAAUUAAUUGAUAAGUGGGAUCAGACCUUGGGGCUUGCAGAAAGGAAGGUGUUCUUUUAUUCUUACUGUCUGGCUGCUUUCACCUGCACUGCCAAGCCAUGAUGUAUGGUGACCCAGUCCAGCUAGCUAAAUUGAUUCAUCUCCAGUUCCUGCUUCUUAAUCUAGAGCUAAAUUGGUUUCAUUUUUCUUGUUUUGGGUGGUGAUUGUGGUGAGCUCUCCAUGGGAUCACUUCCUUCUGUUCAUAACUUUAAUUUUUGCUUUUAAAUCUGGGCAUUAUUGAUUAGUGUGUUAAGCUCCAUGUAAUGUCUGAUUAGCAUUUUAAAAAGUGUUUAGAAGCACAUGGUUUAUCACCUGUGUCAGCUGGGCUGUCCAUUUAGAACAAUGGUUAAUGGAGUUAGCAGUGAUUCUCUUUAUUGAUCCUACUUUUAUAAGAAUGACAUUCAUUUUCUCUUCCCUUUCCAAAACAAAGUCUAGGCAUGGAGCGUAUAUUUUUAAUUAGCUAAUACAAUACAGUAAACUGUCCUUGUUUGGGCGCAGAGCUAAUGUACUUGGGUUGAAAGUUAAUGGAAUGUGUGCUUCAGGCUGCUUGUAGCUGAAUCACUUGCAUGCCAAGCAACUUACCUCGGUUCAAGAGAAAUGUAUUUGCUGAUGGAUUCUUCUUUGUAUCUCAUUCAUCUCGUUUUUUGUUUGAAUUUGAUAUGAAAGCUGCUAUUGGCUCAGAUCAGUCAAAAUGGAAAAUUGUGAUUUGUUGUUGCAUCUGAACUGGGUCGCUAUGACAAGAAGAAAAAAAGAUUUAUCUCUUUUUUCCCCUUUAACUGCAUGUGAUGAUUUCUAUAUGUAAUAUAAUGUAAUAUAUUUUUAGUUGUUUUUUUUUUAAUGAGGAUAUUGCUUAUAUCUGAUGGUUGUAGUCUAGAAGAUACUAAAUAGAGCAGCGUGGGAUGAAAUGCUCAGCUGUAGAAAAACCAUGUGGGGUUCAGCUUUGGUUGUGUUGGUUGAUGUUCAAACUGGUUUUUCUAGUCUUCAGUGCUUGAGCAUGUAUUCAGAAGUGAUAGAAUAACAGGGCUAGAAAGGGUUUACUGAGCUGUACAGCCAGCACAGGCAUGCAACAAGAGCAUCUGGCAUAAGUUUUGCUAAGCUUAAAACAAGAACCUUUCAGUGCCUGGGAUCCACCUUGGCUCCUGAACAACAUGCAACCUGGGACUCAAUAUUCUAUCUUGUGUGCUUUUUAAACUAUAUUUAUUUUAUUGUUUAAUAUGUUUCAUAGAUCUUUAAUUCCCCUUUUAAGAAUAAUCUCUUCACAAAGCACCAAACAUUUUAUACAUAAGCCACCUAUAUCCACCUCUCAGUCGCCUUAUUUUUCUCCAUCUCUUCUUUACAUCAGUCUUUCUUCUGUAGUCACAGAGAAUCUAUUACAUGCUGCUAGACCUUGCUGUACAGAUGCAAGUGUGGCUUAGCCAUCUGGACGGGCAACCAAGCCUCAGCUAGGGAAUGCAAGAGUUAAGGAGAGUCUAGUUAGCCAUCCUGACAAUAGUUAUUCUGUACUCAGGAAAUCCAGCAGGCAGUCUAGUCAGUCAGUAAUGACUGCAAACUAGUCCAGCAAGUCAGAAGCAGAAUGCUGUAGCAGCAACUGCUUUUCUUGACAGGCAGAUGCUCAAAUUAUUGUGAAUAGCUGAACCUUGUAGUAAGGCAAGUGUUUUGCCUCCUUUGUUAAUUCCUGUGGGACUGCUUUGUGAGGGAUUUGGGUAUUGGUGGACUGAAAGGGCUGUCACAUGGAAGAUGGGGCAAGUUUGUUGUCUCCUGCUCCAGAUGGUAGGACCCAAACCAACAGAUUCAAGUUAUGGUAAAGGAGAUUCCAACUAAACAUCAGUAAGUACUUUGUGAUGGUAAGAGCUGUUUGACAGUGGAACAGACUCCCUCAGAAAGUGGUGGACUCUCCUUCCUUGGAGGUUUUUAAGAAAAGGUUGGAUGGCCAUCUGUCAUGGGUGCUUUAAUUGAGAUUCUUGCAUUGUAGGGGGUUGAACUAGAUGACCCUCAGAUUCCCUUCCAACUCUACAAUUAUAUGGUUCUAUGAUUUAAGUUAAGAGGCUAGUGGGGAACAUUUCUUGGGAGCCUUGUGAAUGCACAUAGAGGUUGUGUGGAAUAACUCCACAGGGAGUCUGUGUCUGCAAAGGAGCUAAUUCCUCUGAGCAUUCAUCCUGAACUAAUCUGGCAAAGUUGAUAAUAAUGGAUGAAAGCUUUUUGACCCAUAAUCCUGCCAUAUACUUUGUAAACAGGGUCUCAUCCGUCCUCAAACAGUUUCCCCCCAUCUAUUCUUGCCACUGGAAAAAUUGUCCCAAUUCAUUGGCAUAUGAAACUUUGAGACCAUAAAGUAGCACAGAGGUAAAAUGAAGCAGCUGCAAGCCACCAGCUUUCCUGCUGUUUUUUCUUCCAAACAGCUCUCCCAGUCUUUUUUGGUGUUUCUCUGUCAUUCCACAACAGCAUCCACCAUCACCUUUCCAUCCAAGCUUUCUCUAUAGCCUCUCCAUUCAUUCCUAGGCCAACAUGCUUCUCUUUCCUCCCACUAUUCCAACUCCCAUCCAUCUCAUUUUUAAUAUGGGAUGCUUCCUUCUACUGAGUCAGGCGUCCAUCUAGCUCAGCCAGCAACCCUAGGGCUUUGGACUGAAUGCCAGGGGUUGAACCUGGGAUAUUUUGCUUGCAAAACAUGUGCUUCACCAAUAUAUGAUUGGAGGGGGAUGGAGCAGGAGCAAGCCUUUUGGGAUUGUUUGGGCCUGCAGUUUCUGAAAAAUAAACUACUCAAGAGCUAUUAGUGGCUCUUGAACUUCAGCUUGGGAUCCCUGCCCUAAGCCUUUCCUCUUGGAGUCUAACGCCAAUGCAUCUUAUUCUGCCAUCAGAAUCAAUUCCUACCUAGGAACAAUUCUGCUGCUCCUCCUCUACAACAGCUUUUAAAUUAGUUUAAGACUUGAUAUCAUGUUUUCCUUCUUUCGGUAGUAUCUGCUUAGAUCAGCCAACCUUUUCUGUCAUUUUGGCCCUCCCUCCUGCGUUGCUGUUCCCUGAAUCUUAGCAGUGGUGCUAAGACUAGCCCACCUGUGUGUAGGCUGCAAACUCGGCAACGGCUCGUUUUCUCCUCCCUGAAGAUGUGAGCCACGUUGCCUGGUGCCAUCUUGAAAUCAAGGCUUCCUGGGGUUAAGAAGCCAGCCUCUUAAUUCAGAGUGCCAAUGUUCAAUUUUGCUUUCUGCCACCAAACUAGAUUGCAGGCCAAGGAAAGAGUCUGGGUUAGUGCCCCACUGGGUCACCUCCCAUUUGUUUUCCUCAAUUUUGUGUUGUCAUAAAUUCAUUCCAGCCCGUUGUGCUUGAUCAGUUUAUCUCUGUUGGGGCAGGGAGCCCUGCUAGCAUGAUAUAUGACAUGAAACAUUGUAGCCAGCCUCUCCAUGAAUCACUCCAGCUGUUUGUUGUCAGCAUGAAAAGCAAACAGGCCAGGGCUGCCGAGUGUUGACUAGGAUGAGCUCAGGUUGGGAAGAGACAUGACGUAUGAAUGUUUAUUUAAUAAUUCUCUAAUAUUUCCAGCGGAGUGUGGCUGUGCCUUCUGAGGUUGGGGGGGGGAGGGGGGCGGUUGAAGAGGAAACUCUAAUCUGUCAGGGUGGGUCAUAAAUCAGGCAGACAAGAUCAUUAAUCAGGAAUGGAGCAAAACUAAAGGGAGGUGGGACUCGGCUGCCGUUCCCAAGAGCAAAGGGGCACGCUCUUCUUUUCCAUAAAACAAAUCUCAUUUUGGAUGCGGCUCCGGCUGUGUCGCUUACAUAAGAGCAAAGCCAGGGCACUGGGCCAGUUAAGCAAGCGUGUGUGCUACCUUUGUCAUAAGCCUUGGCAAUUUGAGCUCGCCAAGCAUUAAAUCCCUUUAUAAUUAUCUUCUUUAUAUAACUCUUCAUGCUCCUCAUGGUUGAUUGGGCAAGGUGCUUGUUUGGUUUAGAAGAGGGUUUUAAAAAAGGGAGGUCAGUGUGUGUGUGUACACUCACGUGACAAUCUUCUUCUUUCUUUCUUUUUUACUCAAAUCCAUUUUCUCGAAUCCACUCCAAAAGUUAAGCUUUGGCAUAUUAUCCUACAAGAAUAGAAAUGGUGUUCCAGAAUUUGGCUCCUGAGAUAAAACCAACUUUCUGGCUUUCAUAGUCUGACAAUUGCAGAAGCUAACUUCCUAUGACAUUGUUUAAAAACAAAACCCCAUUUCUAGCUUUUGAGGAUAUGAAAAAUGUUGCAGGUGAUAUCUGUCUACUCAGGUGCUGAUGAGGACCUAGGGCUCCCAUUCUGUCAGUAGAGGGAGCUGAGCCAUUCAUAGAAUUGUAGAAUUCAGUGGAGAAAUUGGGUUUUCUCCACUGAAAUGAUGGGGAAAUUGUUCCAGGCAGGGGUGCAGCUAUAGAGGAACGUUAGCCUGAAGAACAGAUGAUUGAUUUAAUGUAUGUGGCAGAAAUGAGAGAAGUUCCCGCUGUGGAAGAAUAAGAGUGGGAAAGUCCCUGCCCUCUUUUCAAACUGUUCUGUAGCUUAAAGACCACCUCAUUCCUUCUGUUGCACACUUUAUACCAUAUUUCCAGAUAUUGCCUUCUCUGUUUGCUAAUAUUAUAGUCCCUUGCCAGAUUUCAGCAAAAUUCUGUUCUCAGGAAAUAUCCAAAUAGGACAAAUGGAAUAAAUUGUAUACAGCUAAACAGAUGUAUACAAUUGUAAUUAUUUUGUCUCAAUAUAAAACUUUGGCUAUUUUGACCAAACUGCGGGAGGCAGUGGAAGACAGGAGUGCCUGGCGUGCUCUGGUUCAUGGGGUCACGAAAAGUCAGACACGACUAAACAACUAAACAACAACGUGUUCAUUUAAAUUAUGGAUGUGGGGGAUGGGGUGAGGCAAACUAUUUAAAGGGACUAUUACUAUUUAAGACACAGCCACUGGAGCAUGGCAGAUGCUGCCAAGUGUGCCUUAGAAAGCCAUAGAGUUAAUGCAGAUUUUUAAGAGAACUCUGGGGAUGGGGCCAUGCCUCAGUGGAAGAGCAUCUGCUUUGCAUGUAGAAGGUCCUUGGUUCAGUCCCCGGCAUCUCCAGAUAGGUCUGGGAGUAGCCCGUUUGAAACCCUGCAGAACUGCUGCCAAUCAAUGUAGGCAGUCCUGAGCUAGACAGGCCAAUGGUCUGACUCUUUAUAAGGCAGCUUCCUGUGCUUCCUACAUGAGAUUUAUUUGUGCUUAAUUCAGCAAGUUGUUUCAGAGCAGAAAACUGGCUAAUAUAAAAUUACCCAAGAUGUUAUCUGCAAGCAGUUCCCCAUAAAUGUUUUGGGAUUAAUAGGCUAAAAAUACAGAAAAAGCAGACACAUGCCAAAAAUAAAUAUUCAGUAACACCACAAGCAUAGCUGUUUACAUCUGGAAAUCCCAGUUGCCUGUUGAGUUUGUGACUCUGUUUGCAAAAUGUAAGCCUCAGUUUAGCCAAGGUCUUUAACUGUUCAGUACUACUUCCUGCAUUAAUCAUCUUCAGGGCAUAUGUAAAAGAAUCUGUGGGUUUGGAGGAGAAUUUAAGGCAACAGUAAGCAAUUCACACUAUUUUACUGGGGGAAAAGGGUGGAUGCUACUAGUGUGUCUGGUACAGGAUUUGGCAUCCUAUAAACUUGGGCAAUUAUUCACGAUGGGGGGGGGGGUUUCAUGGUAGCCCAGAGUAGGUUUACACUAAUGGUGUAAUACACCAUCUGCUGUAAUUUCUCUUCAAGCAGAGUUCUAGCCUAGCAUAUGGAAGAGAUCAACCCCGUUUACCUUUCUCAAAAGCAUUUUGAGUUCUUAGUUGCAGUUUUCCUUGGGAUCCACUUGAGAGAAAAACUCCAGCACUUCUGAAGAGUAGGGCAACUAGUGUGGGAGGCCAAAUCAAUUCUCCAAGGUAGCACAAGCAGUAGGACUUUCACUGCAGACUUUCAGGGGCAAUAGAGAAACAAGUGAAUCACACCCACCCACACCCCUUGCUAGGGCUCUUUAGCACAUAGUUAUUAGACAUUAAAAUGAAGAAGUUGGAUCACCCUCAUGGUAUGAACUAAGCUGAAAGUUGCAACCCUUUGAUAAUAGAUAUAUUGCUUUUAUAUCCUCCCCUUUUGAAUUAGAUGCUUUGUAUUUGCUAUUGGUUUUAUUUAAACAAAUUAAGUUUAAAAAAUUGCUAAAAUGUGUCCUUGAACUCAUGCUUGUCUGGAUGGGGGAUAGAGAGGAGAAAGUGAGGGAGUUUAGAAACUAAACUGCUGCACAUUGGUAAAAUGUACAUUUGUUCCUUCACUCACUUUUGUCUCUGAUCCUGCCUACCACUGGCUUGUGGCCCCCAGAAGGUUUCCCAGAAGGGAUGCGGCCCUCAGGCUGAAAAGGGUUCUCACCCUUGCACCAGGGUCAUUUGCAGCAUGAAGCACUGGAGAGCGCCACCCUUCCCUCACCCUACAGCUGGAAUACUUCUUGCUGGCCCAAGCAAUAAGUAGAUUUAAAGGGGAAGUGGGUGACUGGAUUGUACAGAGGAAUGGGUUGGAAGGAAUAAACUGAGAAUUCUUUAGCUUGGAUUCUAGUCUGAGUUUGAGAAUAAUUCAAGUCUCCUAAGGCUCACUUCUUCUUUGGUCAGAUUCAAACCCUCCAAAACUUCUAUCCAUAGGAGUUCCAGAGCUAUGGAUUUCACUGGCAUCUCUACUCCUGGAGACCACUACUGUAAUCAUAAUUUCUGUGGGGUCUAAUGUCGCUCUGUGCAUGUUCCACAGUACUUACUGAAGUUGAUUGUAUUGGGAGCAUUUAGGGUUUAGAUGGACUAUGGCCAGAGUAGAGGUUCAAGCAGUCGGUUGAGAAUGCAAACAGGUGCACAGGAUUCAAAAAUAGAGUAGACUGUAUGACGCUGCUAGUGGCAAGUGGCAUUCCACUCCCAACCCACGUUUUGUGGACUUGAGGUGUAUUUUACUCUUAUUCUAUUGUUAUUUUCAGGCAUUGUACAUUCCAUAAUUGUAUUGCUCAAAGUACAAGAGUCUUCAUGUAUUUUUGCAAUGCUGCCUAUCAGUCCACCUCCCCUACAGCAAUACCUUUACAUUUUGUGGAUCUUUUGAUAUGAUUUCAUUUAUUCAAAGGAAUUCCCUUUCAAAAGGUUUUAAUUGUCUGGAAAUGCCCUUCACCUUUGGAUUUUCCUCCCUCUCCCCCAAACACAUUGAACCCCUGGUGUUCAGGUAUCUUUUCGAUCCCAUUUCCCCCCCUCAGUUAUUUCAAAGUUUCAACAAUGCUGUUAACUUUAAUUUGUAGAGUUGCUCCCUGCAAGUGAAAAAUCGAUGGGGGGCUAUCACAGUGUGAAAUUCGACUGUCAGUCUUGAGCUUAUGGAGUGAGUAAGACAUCUUCGAAGGGGGAAAAAUCACAGUCUGUGCAGUGCUCAGCUGGGCUAUUUCAAAGAGAAGGCAAGGCUGAUGGGCCGUUGGAGAGUAUUUCAGUUAGAUGGAUGAUGAUUCUCUGUGAAAUACUGGAGUUAGCCUACAGGUAAGGGAAACCAGAGGUUAGAAAAUACAACUAGUUUCCCCUGAAGAACUAAAUUACACCUUGGGAACCUUGAGCUGUGUCAUACAGGAACUAAAACCUGUCCCUAAAAUCGGCCAUUGCCUCUAAACAACAACCAGUAACAAAUUAGUCAUCAUAACUUGCAGUGUUUCAGUUUUGCUCCCUUGUAAAGUUUAUAAUAAGCUCUUUGGGGCAAGUAUUCCAUCAAGUCUAUACAGCACCUAAAAAUGAUUUGUAUGCUUCAGUAUAGGAUUUGUGUGUUGUACAUGACCACAGCAUAACUUAAGAUGAUGGACUCAAUUCUGAAUCAUGGCCAUAUAAGUUGCUGUUUCCUGUGACAGCCUUCAAUGCUAGUACAGGGGCAGAUUGCAUAUCUGACAGCAGAAAGUGGUACCCAAGAGACAGAAUGAACAGUAUAAAAAAGAAGCUCUGAGCUGCAUGAAUCACAUGUGCUUUCCUUGCAUUGUAUGAUAUCUAUUCUUAUAUCCUGGCUCAGAAGUCUGCAGAACUCUGCUCCCUUCUAGCACAGCAGUUUAAACCUGGGGGUGAGAACACUUUCCCCAAAAGUGAGUGGGCAGGGCCAGAAGCAAAAGUGGGCAGAGUAAUAGCUGCAUCUCUUACUUUUGUACAGUAGGCGACAUUCCUACUGCAUGGAAGUCUGAGGUUUCUAUACACACCACAGACACCCCUCUAUCCAGGUAAGCAAGCAAGAGCACAUUCCACCCAGGCAGAAGCACUCAAGGAGGGUGAGAGCACAGUUGGUAAGGGAUGUGGCCUUGGGGGAAACUCCUGAGAGCCGGGUAAAUAUGCCUGGAGGGCUACAUUUGGCCCUUGGGACUGAGGUUCCGCCUGAUUUAAGCAGGGGUUUGUCCAAACAGGUGAGGAUCAGAAACUAAGAUUUUAUCUUGGCUUGUUUGGGCAAAUAAUAACAGUUUGGAUAAAAAGGAAGUCGAGGCUUCCAAAUUGCUCCUUGCAGUCAUGCCAGAAAAGGAAUGUGGGGAAGGGGGAACUCAUAAACCUGAGGCUUGUUCACAUACCACUAACCUAUGAUUUAGUUAAUGUUACAGCCAGAUGCAGCACUAUUGCAGCCCAAGAACAGCUCAAAUUAAGGGAGGAAAAGAUCAAACUGGUGGAGUCCUGUUCCAUUCUGAUCUUUUGUGUUGUAGCUGCCCAUUCUCUUCCCAUUUGAGGAUAAAUGUGAUGAAGCAAAACAUGCAGAGUUGUGGUUUUUUUAGUGAAGCAUUGUAAAUUAAUAUUUUUACCAUGUAAAUUCACACUGGCUAAUGUGGGUGAAACAUGUCUCAUGUUUCACAUCCCCCCCAAAAAAUGUUUGUGUGUGUUACUAUCACCAAAAUUAAUGUGGCCUUAGUUUUACUAUAUUUUGCCCCCCUCCUAUUAAAAGGCAGCUUCCUAAGGGCUAGAAGUGUGCUGUUUUUUGCAGAAAUCUCAAAUUUCCAGGACAUUCAAAUCUGCACCAUUCAUCUCUGCCUUGCACAUCCAACUAUAGCUUGGUAUAAGGCGGUUACUGGAGUUUUGCUCAAAUCUUCUCCCUUUCAGUGGUUCAUAUUUGAGAAUAAUAAGAGCAUAAAAGCUAGGGCCUUGAGACCCCACAAGCUUCACCUUAAUAGAAAGGCUUUUGUUGAUUAUCUGGGUGUUGUCUGUUUCCAUGCACAACUCUCAACAUAGCAAUAAUACCGCAGCCUGGUGGCAGCCUUCCUUCUUCCUGAGAGGUAGCUGUCAGGAGAGCAAGUUGAUGUCUUUUCUGAUAUGGGUCUUUGUGCAAAAAAAUUAAGCCGUUGUGCAGGAUUUAGAUGCAUUUCCUCAAAGUAGUACUUCUCUUGUUGGGAAAUUGCAUUUCUUCAUCAUUCAUUGAAAAUAUGCAGUCGUUUUUUCUGCACCGCUAGUGCUUCAAAUAUAAAAUACCCUUGAUAAUUGCUGAUGGUGAACAGCACAAGUCCUUAUCCUUCAUUCCUGUUAUUUUGUGGCCUUUCUUCUUUAGAUUUUAAUUUACUAGAGAACAAAUGUUCCCAUCGUGUACAACUGAAAUGCAGAAGUUUAUGUAAGAGUUCAAUUGUUUUUCAAGGUGAUAGACACCAGCAACACUGCCCUUUCCUCCUGCGGUAAUGCCUGCCCAUUUUAUGAAUAUUUUUACUUACAUUUGUUCAGUUAUUUAGUUCUGUGAAUGAUUUCAAGUUAUUCAAUGCAUGUCUCUACCCUUCUUUUUUUUGUUUUUAAAGUAGGGAAGAACACAAUUACAGAGUUCCUAUGAAGCAACACGCACACAAAGUGGAACAGGCGCUUCUGGUCACCAGCUGCUUGUCAAAUUUAGAGUUAGUUGUUUGCCAACUAUCUUGUAGAUGCAUGAUUGCCCGGAUUAUGCAUAAGAACUUCAGUGCAAGCUUAGCCUUUCGGUACCCUCCUCCUGAAAUAAAUUAACAAAAAUCCUUCUCAGUGGCUAACAGAUCUCCACAUCCCUGCUGAUUCUUCUAAUCGUGCUGACUCGGAAACUUCUUACUGCUUUCAUUGAUUGUUGGUGCCAUCUGUCUGCAGUUUGAUGGGGCCAGGCACGUGAGUCCCGGAGGCAGAGAAGGCCGAGUGCCAACUCCCGGACUCACUCUCUGGUUCUGCAGAGACAUUUUGGGCUCCAUGUCAGUGAAGGGAUGGGGGGUGUGAAAGCAGCAUAAUGAAUUCUUCUGUAGGGAAAAUCUUUGGGGAAUUGUUACCAGGUCCUAGCUAAAUGUAGCUUAGAAUGCCUUCUUGUGGCAGUAAGCUUCCCCUCCAUGCCACUGUGAUAGAGCAUGCAAGUGUAAGAAGAAUAAUUCCUCUGCGGAGUAGAGCAACGCAACAUGUUUGCUUUGCAUGAAGAUUAAAUUAGUUAACAGAACUCCAAACUUGGCAAGCAGCUGGUGGCAUUAACAAAUUGUGCAAGCAAGUAUAAAAUAGAGGCACUUGUGACGCAGAGGGCCUCUGCUUUGCAGACGCGCACCCUUGCAUGCAACUUCUUCCAAAUUUUCAGCUUAGAACAUGGAAAUUAGGCCACAGAACACUACAUUAUUCAUAACUUGGCAACCAGGAGCUAGGGCAUGUUGCCAAACGAAGUCACCCACUGAAAGUACAGGUGAACAGCAUUCUUAAUAUAUUGUACUACAGAAAUGCACAAUUAUCAAGAUGGGAGGACACUCCUCUUGGAGAACAAUAUAUUAGCAUCCCUGCCAAUUCCUCAAUAGAGGCAGCAUUCCUGCACAGAAUUCCAAGUCAGCCUUUUUCAGAGAGGUUGAUCUAAAAAGAUAUGUAACUGAAGAAAUUUCUGUUUGCAGCAGGAAAGCCCGCUCCUUUAUUGUAAGAAAAUAAUUGGGCAUUUUGUCAUUUCACCUCAAUUUGAUAAUUUAGCUGUUAAUCCAUUUUCCCCCAUUUGAAUUAGACUGAAGUAAUCCACACCUAUUUUAAUUUGUAUGUAAGGAGAAAUUUUAGUCUUUCUCAUUCAUACCAGUACGCAUUCUCUUUCGUGUUUGCCACUGCCUUCCAGUUUGUUGAUUCUGUUAUGCCAGUUAAGUACCAAGAGGGCAUGUUUGCACUUGCACCUUGUUUGCUUGUUUUGUGGAAAACUGAGAGAUUAAAAGAAAAAUAUAUAUAUAUAUAUAAGCCUAAGUUGCUGAGUCACCCUAACAUGCUGGAAAAUAAAUUAAGGCAAUUUUAAAUUCUCAGCACACUCUUUUCAGACUGCUUGUCAGUAUAAAUGAUGUAGAAAUGUUUAAUGUGCUUUGGUGGUGCAAGUAAAGGAGGAGUAGGUUCUUCUUGGUCUCCAAGUACCUGGUAAUGCUACUGCAGACACACCCUUUUCGGGUUGUUGAUCACUCCAGAAAAAAGGGGAAAUGGAGGUGUCCAGUUAAUGGUUAAAUCUUGGGAUCACUUAUGCCACUUAUGAGUAGGCAGUGAGGAUGUUUUGCUUCACUGAGUGGUCCUGAUGAAGAUUUGACUUUGAUCCCAGAUAGAGGGAGCAGAGAAACAACCUGGAGCAGCCCAGCUUUUAAAAAUUCCCCAUUCUCCUUUGAAGGGAGACAUAAGAGCCCCUGUCGCAUUUCCCAGAGAGACACCUUAAUUACCUUUGUGCUUUUGAAUACUUUUUGGGAAAUACAUGACUGCUUGGCUUGGCUUACAUGAAAUGAUUGGGGCAAGUUGCCAAUUUCCUUUGCAUUGUGCAGUUUUCUGAUUUUGCGCAAAUCUGAGGGAUCAAAAUGAAAAACCCAGGCACUUUUCAACACAAAUAGUUACAAGCCCAGCCAGUAAAGAAAUGAAAGGAUUGAGGAGGCAGUAGGGUUGUGCCCCUGUGCACAGUUCUGGAGGUUCUCCUGAACCACCCUCCAGCCAAUUUUUUAUGGCGGGGGGAUGAAGAUACUGCACAAGCGGAAGCCCUUCUGUGACAGGGCUCCUUAGGUGGAUCCUGCCCUGACUUUUUGUUGCAGCGGCCUAACAAUAUUACUUCUCCGGAAAUAGUUUUUACCAAUUCUCCACCAGGCAUAUUUUCUAGCACAUUUGUCCUUGUGCAUGCAUAACUGUCAACUUUUCCCUUUUCUUGUGAGGAAUCCUAUUCAGAAUAAGGGAAUUUCCCUUAAAAAGGGAGGAAAGUUGACAGCUAUGUGUGCAUGUGAUUCAGCUGUAGUGACAUCUAGUAGUGUGUGUCAGUAGUUUACUAAUUAUUGCUACUUCUACAUUAAUUUUGUAUGCCACUUUCCCACAUAGAUGUCCCUUAGUGUUGCAUUACAGGUUUUAGUGUUGCAUUUACUGAUUUUUUUCUCACAGGUUUAUGCCCCCACUUAUUCUGGAAAUGACAAUCUAUUGUGCAUCUCUGCUCAAAAGCAGUUCAUCAUCUCAUAAUUUUAUUGUGAACAAUACUUUCUUUUGGUGGAGGGUACCUUUGGAUGCAUAUCUUUUAUUUAACAUAAAGUUCCAGGAAACAGUCCUGUAUCUUAGCAUCUAUUUCUCGCCGCUAGAAAGAACAAGAGCCUGUGGGUUGUAUGAGAAAACCUGAAUUUUGUCUGAAUUCUCAGACGCCUGAACACCAAAAUAAAUGACUGUGAAAAGAGUGAAAGGUCCAAGAUUUCAGGUGUCGGAAGUAGCCUAUGAAGUUUUAUUGGUGUUGGAUAUAAUCAGUUCUAAAUGUGUUUUACAAGGGACAUAUAAACAGCAGGGCUAUAAAAUUUAUGGAAUGUUAUGUACAGUGUGACUAUUUAUGAAGAGGAAGGAAAUUUGUAUUCUGUUGAAAUAAACUGGAGAGGGAAGAUGGGAAGGGAAUUUUUUGAAGCAAAACUGGGAAGAAGGCUACAACAAUGAGACAACACACACACACACACACACACACACACACACACACAGUGUGCUCAUAUCAGACCCUGGUUAAGAAGAACAAAUAAUAAUUAGAGGGGCACUGUGGUCAUGGCCCUUUCUGAGUUGCUAGACCUGCAGAUUUGUAGAAGUAGCAAAACUUUCCCUUUUGGUUAUUUUAUGUUUUGUUUUUCUCCCAGCGGCACACCAAGGCAGAAUAAGGUAAACAGCCUGUUGCGUCGUCCUCUGUACAUUAGGUUUGGGAGUGGGGUGGAGGUAUUUUAUCCUAUGGUUCUGCUCUAGUGCUUGACAUUCCUCAUUUGAUUCAAUCCCAACUUCUGGUGUGAGACAAUUCUCACAGGCUAAAAAUUUGAUAUAUUUCAUUUGAUAGGUUUUAAGUUUCCUUCCUUUCCAUUUUGGUGUCUCUCUGUUCUUGGAGUCUUCAGUCUCCCCUCACAAAGCCCUGCCUGUUUCUGCCCUCUCUUUUCCAACUUAUUCUGCCAGAGGCCCAGAUUCCCUUCCAGGCAAUCUUUCUGGGGUGUGUACGGUAGGCUAAUUUCUACACAAACUCUCACAACUACCUCUGUCCUCCAUCCAGGCAAGCAAGAGGCAUAAUCAGAGUUCAUGGACGAAUUCCAGCCAGCAGGGGUGGUGAGGGCUGUGGGCUAGAGAGGAUUCCCAGGCGGGGGGUUUCCCACCCCUGCAAUAAAGGAAUAAAACACUUCUGAAUAUGAUAAAGAAAGCUGGCAGCGUUAACUGGCCAUUCCUGCAGUGGGAAUGAAGGGAUAGUCUCUUUCUGAAGCCAGUUACUUAUUCUGCCAUGUUAAAGCCUGACUGAACCUUCCAUGCUGGGGCAGCUAUGUGGACUGUGGUGUGCUGGCUGAGCUGGAGUAGAGUUUGUACUUGUUCAGGCUUACUCUAUGUCCCCUUCUCAGCUUUGUUAAUAAAUGUAUAUUUAACAAUGUCUGGAGCAUAUGAAGUGAUAAUAACUAAAUCAAUACCUCCCUCAUUGAUUGUCCAGGAUCCCUCCAGCGUGACGCAUGCGGCAAUGCAGUAAUUUUCCAGCUAACUAACACCCUGAUCUACAGCCUCACUAUUGAUUGACCAUUGUAUUGGGCAGGCACUGAGUGUUGUUGCUUAUGCCUCUAUUCUGCCUCCUUCUCUGAUUCAUUCGUUUAUCACUGGACAGGGAUGAUCAUCUGAGAGACUUUCACAAACUGUCCAGCGAGGGGAAGCCCAUUAGACUCCUAUAAACAAACCAUUUCAUGUCAUUGCCUGCCUCUUCCUGACCAAGGUCUAAUUUCUGUUGGUUGGUAGUGUGGUUUGUUAUGAUUGGAGUUGCUGCCCAACUCACCUGGCUAUCGGUUGCUCAUUUCUUUAGUGGCUCCCCACUUGUGGAAGAAUGCUCUCCACAGGGACGCUCACCUGGCACCUUCAUUACAUAUCUUUAGGUGCCAAGCAAGAACAUUCCUCUUCUUCCAGACCUUUGGCUAAUUAAAUAAUCUACAGCCUUUUAAACUGGGUGGAAUAGUAAUUGUUUUUGUUUGUUACGAUGGAAUGUAUUCUUGUGCUUUUAUAUGGUAAACCACCCUGUUAUCCUUGAAUGAUGCAGUAUACAAGUAUCAUCACCAUCACCAAAUAACAUUGGUUUCAGAUAUCUGACUUAGAUUCCUGGAGAGGUGAGCUGACCUAAGCUAUGUUAUAGUAUUGUUCCUGCUAGAUGUCUUUGCUCUUGAUACUUGAACUCAUGGCUUAGCCUACCCCAUGGGUCGGCAAACUAAGGCCUGUAUGCCAGAUCAGGCCCAAUUGUCUUCUAAAUCCAGCCCGCGGAUGGUCCAGGAAUCGCUGCGUGGAUUUCCAGCGUGUGUGUUCUUUCCCCCUCUCUCCCUCUCCCUCACAGGGCGGCGGUGGCACCUCCUCCCUCCCUCCUGGCUUCUCCCCACCCUGCCUAGAGGAGGAAGGGGGCUGGGCUUUGUUGGUGGCAGCCCCUCUCUGGAGCCCUUUCACGCACCACUCAUCUUCCCACCACCACCGCUCACAAGACACGGGAGUCACAGUUGGCUGAGCGCCCCUCUCGAGCGGACGCCAUUUAAAGCAGACCCUCUCUGGAGUCCUUUCACGUGCUGCUCAUUGUCCCUCGUUCAUUCCUCCCCCCCCCAAAAAAAAAGUCCGGCCCCCCACAAGGUCUGAGGGACAGUGGACCGGCCCCCUGCUGAAAAAGGUUGAGGACCCCUGGCUCACCCUAUUCUGGUACAGUGGUACCUUGGGAUGCGAACGGGAUCCGUUCCAGAUUCCCGUUCGCAUCCUGAACGCAACGUAAGCCGUGACGAUGCAUGUGCGCGGGUUGCGUUUUGCUGCUUCCGCGCAUGCACGCAAUGUCAUUUUGAGCGUCUGCGCAUGCGUGAGCAACGAAACCCGGAAGUAACGCGCUCUGUUACUUCCGGGUUGCCACGGAGCGCAACUCGAACGUGCUCAACCCGAAGCACAUUCAACCCGAAGUAUGACUGUACUGAGAGCUACAUUUGUUAAAGUAGCAAACAGAAUGGAACAAUUGGUAUCUGCAACAAAAUGUUGCAUUGUGGAAUGCUCCUGUUCAAGGUUCCAGCUUUCCAGCCAACCACACAAUUUUCUAGGAUACUCUGUUCUCCUUCUCCCAUCUUCUCAACACCCCCACCCACUCACACAGUUGGUGAGCCAUGCCAGGUGCACUGGUCAUACACCAUCAUCAUUGGGUUGUUCUUCCAAGGUUUCCACUUUGUUUCUCAGGUCUACGUUUUUGUACCUCGGCAAACAUUGGGGUUUCCCAAGUCUUCUGAUGCCUCCCUCUACUGUCAUUUUGUCUGCACUUUGAAUCCACACUUGGACUAUGAGUUUGCUGUUAGUAUCUAAGAUAAGGAUCCUGUUUUGCUAUAGAGGUUGGUUGGUUUCUCCUGGAGUCUGUGCCCAAGCCAUGCAGUUAGUUCCCACCAGAAUGGGUAUUUGCACUUCUUAGGCUGUAUGUGUACUCAAGUAACAGAGUAAUCUGUGGUUGCUUGGCUCUCUGUCAUCAUUCACAACUUGAUUUAUAAUAUUCCCUGGUUGACAGGGCAGUGGCUGUUUUGAGGAGAGAGAAAAUGAAAUGCUAGACUAAAGAAACGUAAUUGUUUUGUGUGGCAUAAAUGUCAAUUUAUCCGGUUUAUUUCGUUUCCUUCAUUCUAAUUGCUAUAUUUGGGUUUGGAUGCUUCUGCAAGGUUUGCAGUUACUGAUACAAUAUAUUGGUUGCUUUUUCUAUGCAUUGUCAAAAUGUGGUAGAGAUUUUAAUGCUAAUAGCCAAGUUGCGCAAACUAAAACUUCUUGUUACAGCUACGUCCCUUUAGCUAGAACAUUCCAGUGUUCAAGUUUCAUGGGGGCAUCUGGGAUCUUGCUGCUUUCCCUCAGCCUUUUUUCUAUUGCAUACCCCAUGGGUAUGUUGCAGCCGUUGCGCAACACUACACUUUCAGAUGUGCCCGUCCCCCUCAUUUAUGUUAAUUUGGCAUCAUCUUGUUCGGUCCUCUUAGAAAAGGGACCAACACAAUUUCAAUACAGUGGUACCUCAGGUUACAGAUGCUUCAGGUUACAGACUCCGCUAACCCAGACAUAGUACCUUGGGUUAAGAACUCUGCUUCAGGAUGAGAAGAAAAAUUGUGCGGCGGUGGUGGGAGGCCCCAUUAGCUAAAGUGGUACCUCAGGUUAAGAACAGUUUCAGGUUAAGAACGGACCUCCAGAACGAAUUAGUUUGUGAUCAUGCAUGCUCUCAUGCUCUCUCGCCUCCUCUGGAAAUACUAUAUGGCAUUGAUCCACUAGGACUGGGUUCGUGUAUUCUGUACCCUGCUCCUUGACCUUUGUUCUUAAACCUGGUGGCUAAAGUUGAUUCUCAAGCCUCAGGCAGUCUCUGCUGCUUUGAUUCUAUUUCUUGAGUUACUUUUACCAGGAACCAACAUGCAAGCUGCCAUCAUGUGGCUUUGCUCUACAACAUUUGGCACAUAUGAAAUCGGUGAUUUCCCCCCCCCCUCUUAAGAAUCCAGCCAGCCCUGACUUUCUCAUCUAUUUUAGGAUUACAGAAGACUCAGCAGUGACAACGUUUGAGGCGCUAAAGGCUCGUGUCCGCGAAUUAGAAAGGCAGCUUUCCCGUGGGGACCGCUAUAAAUGUCUCAUUUGCAUGGUGAGUAGCUUGCCAGUUGUGGUCACGAAUAAGAAAAUGACUCUGUACCUCUGCCUGCCCUAUAGGAAGGUGGCACAACUGGUGUGGAGAAACUAAAACCUUGUCUUUUGUCCCUCGAUUCUGGAUGAAAACGGCACAGCUCGGGAAUAUGUUUCAAUGUGUGCUGCUGUGGUGUGGGCGACAUAUUGGACCCUGCAGAUCUCCCUGUGUCCAUGUUCCUGUCUCCCUGCAUAUACUGUAGGGUUAGAAUACGGCCUAUUAGCCAAACUCUUUCAAAGUUGUUGAUUGUCUACUACACCCUGAUGAGGAGUGCCUUGGCUCCUAUGAUUCACUUACUAAAGUGCUGAAGCGCCCUCUAGUGGCUUGGCGUCUGUAACUUUUUACAUCUCUGGUUGCAGGGAUGCUGAUAUCUUUCCUUCAAAUUGUAUCUCUAUUUAAGCCCCUCCAAGCUCCCCCCCCCAAAAAAAGGAAUAAUGGUAUCACUUGUAAGGCAGAUACUGGGAAGUGUGUGUGUUUCUCCUGUUAAAUUUUGAAUAUGAUUCCCUUUUCGGCCCUUUUAAAGCAGGGAUGGGGAAUUGGUAGCCUUCUAUAUGUUGCAGGACUGCAACCCAUAUCAUCCUAAGUUGGCUGGAGAUGAUGGGACUUGGAGUCCAACACUCCAAAGGUUUGCCACCACUCCUCUAAAAGGGUAUUGCUACUGGCACUGUAAUUGCAUAGUUUUAAUAUACUUUGUGUCCUCCACCCCCAAUAAAAUAAAAUAAAUGUCAACAUUACUUGCAGAUCAUUUGGGAUUGAAAGGAUAUAGAUAUUUAUAAAACUGUAUUUUCUUAAAAUAAGAAAAAUGGAAAACUUGCUCUCCUCCUUUGCAGCAGUGACCUCCAAUUCAGCUUACAAUAUUCGCUGAAGAAUGAACAUUUCUCCUGUCCAUACUAUUUACUGGGAAAGGCUUUUCUUCCUGCAACAGCUUAUCUUUCCUUCCUCCUCAUCCCCCUGCAAUAUUACAUUUGUACAGUUGUCACACUAUUGCUGCAGGACUAGGGCUCACAUCUGCAUAGCAUCAAGGGGAAGGUUGCUUCCAUUACUACAAAAUAAUAAUAACAAUUCUUGUACAAGUCCUUAGAUUUAAUGUUUUAGUUUUCUUUGGUUAUGAAAACAAUUAAAAUAAACUGUGGGUGCUAGGGAAGAAACUCAAACGAUAGAGUAACAGAGUGAAGUGCCUCUUUUCUGUUGUAAAAAGAAUAAUCAUACAAUAAUUAGCUGUCAUAAGAGAUACUUGGCAAGUCAUACUGUAAAAUCAGGAUAUUCAAAAUAAGGAUUGAUGCUGUUUCUGGCAAGCAGCUGUCAUAAACCUGUUGAUUUUUAUUCCAUUAUUGUUCCCAUUUGUACAGCAAGAGGUGAUUACUAUAACAGCUUGUUUUGUUUCUAUCUACAAGUAAACAUUGUGCUACAUUGCAGUUGGAUUAUUAAUAACAAUACAGUGGUACCUUCAGUUGCAGACAGGAUCCGUUCCAGAGCUCCGGUCGGAUCCUGAGGUUUUCACAACCAGAGGUGCCUGUUCUGUGCAUGCAUGUGGCGCAGUAGAGCGCUUCUGCACAUGCUCGUGUGGCGAAACCCAGAAAAAUACUUCUGGGUUUGCCUCGUGCGUAUUCCAAAGGAUACGUAACCAGAGGUGUUCGUAAGUAGAGGUACCACUGUACUGUUAUUAUUUCUUACAAUUUCUUAGGUGAGGCCUUCUAAAAACAACCUUGAGGCAAUUUGCAAUAUAAAAUACAAGCAAUAUAAAAAUAUAGAAGAAUUAAAACAGAGACCACAGCAACCAACUAGUUGAUAUAAAUUCUGAAAAGUCAAAUGCCCAGCAGAACGUAACAAUAGUAACAAUCAUAUGCCUGGGUGAAGAGGAAACUUCCUAGCACCAGAAAUAUAUUAAGUUACUGCCAGGCAGACCUUGAUGGGUAGAGCAGUCUGUAAACAUUCUAUUAACACUGAAAAUUUCUUUUGUCUGAACUUCUCUUAUGGAGGGUACAUGGAUGAGGGUCUUGGAAGAUGACCUCAGGGUUCAUUCUGGUAUGCCUCUUUCAGAAGAGGCACAACGCUUUGAGGUUAUGAUGCUUUCCAUUUCAUGCCUAGCCCACUGUGUAAGGAAUAUGAUUACUAUUAUUAUUAAUUACCAGCCUAGUAAUUAAAGCACAAUAUUAAGAAAAGUUUAAUCCCCCAGAUGUAGUGUAUUCUCAACUGCAUGUGAAUCUGAAGCUAUGCUGUGUGGAUCACAUGAGAAAAUGAAGGUGUACUGGUACAGUAUGUCCUCUACAUCCUGCCCCAAGAGCUCAGGAUCUAAUAGGGGAUUUCUCAAAAAUUUCGAGUAUAUGAUGAGGCUGUCUCAAUUUUCUUUCCACAGGACUCAUACACGAUGCCCCUGACAUCCAUCCAGUGCUGGCACGUGCACUGCGAGGAAUGCUGGCUGCGGACUCUGGUGAGGCUAUUAGUUUCUUGGGUGGUGAUUCAUACAUUGUUUCUUAUCCUCAAGUAUUUUCCCAUCGCUCUCAGCCUUUUGGCUAACAUCAAGUGUAGUAUUUUCCCUAGUUCAAGUUACAGUUGGAUUGGAGUCUUCCCCAGGGAUUCAGUGAAUUUAAUUUAGGGUGUAUGGAUUCUCCCACCUCCUUCUCUAACACUAGUGGCAGGAUCAUACACCUUCUUGUUAACUUUGUUGCAUGUGAUUUGGUUGGAAAGGUACUUGACCUCAUUUCCAACAUCACAAGUUGGAUGACGUGGAGGGUAUCCCAAUGAGCUCUACACAUUGGGCAGUAUCCCCUUGAGACUCUAGCCCACUGGGUUUUCACUUUGCACCCAUGCUUCACCUACCCAUCCCUAUAGCCUCUCUCAGCUCUUUUGAAGAAGAUGCAAGAAACUGCGCCACUGAGUGUUGAGUAUUUAGGUCAUGUGCUAGAAAGAAAGCAUGCUGCAGGAGUAUGACUAAAUAACUAUGGAGGUGCAGGAUUCAGAGGAGAUUGCAGACAGUCGUGGAAUGGUAGGGAGAGGCAUGUUGACUCCAUGGGUCUGUGUUUGUGUGAGUGAGAGUGCAUAUAAAAGAGAAUUUUUAGGUGUGUGUGUGUGCGCUCGCAUGCAUGCAUGUGCAAGUAAUAUAAAAUGAGUUUCUUCCUUUCAGAUUUUCAAGGAAGGUGCCAAAAGAUUUUGUAGUGCACAAAUAGCUCAAACACAUAUUUGCAGAUCUCCAAGAAUUUAAUGAGGAGAGAGUGACUAUUUGCAAGUUGCAGAGAUGCACAUCUUUGGGAUACUCCUGUACAUGCAUCUCAAAGAUGCACAUAUAGGGGACAAUAACCAGAAGCAGACCUGCAAAGAAUCCAUUAACACUACAGAGAAUCCAGUAUCCCUGCAGCCCUAUUACACGUUUCUGAAUGAAACGCAGCAUAAUCAUAAUUUAUAAUAUAAUUUUACAACCAAGUAACCAUUGAAGUUGUAUUCUUUUUUUAGAAAAAGCAUAGAAGAUUGGCCCCAAAUAGAGAAACAUAAUGCUAAAAAGACAAAAACCCAAAAUAGUGCAAAGCAAUAGUUACUAAAAGAUCCAUUCAGCCUUCACCUCUUCCUUGGUGAGGAAUGUCUAUGAAGACAGAUCUGAUCUCUAGGCAUGAAGCUCUAAAACAGAGAUUACACACACAUUUUGCUAAGUUGCCCUGGGAACCUGUUGUAGGGCAGAAUAUAAAGUAUUUAUAUAAAACAAAAGAACACAGGUCAGUUUUUGUGUAAACAUAAGAUCAGAACAUUAAACAUAUAUUUCAAACAAGUGAUCUCUCUUUAAGACAGAAAUAUUUUAAAAGAAAAAACUGUGCUACAGCAUUUACCCCUACAGAAUCUACCAUCUGUGGCUGUGUUUAAAAACUGCUAGCCACAUUGUAAAAGUAUAAUGUCUCAUACAACGUUUCUAUCACACUAUUAUGACACAUGCAGGCUCCCCACCCACCCCGGCAUUCAUUGUAAAACCAACAGGAUUAACAGGCAGAUGCCCUCAGUGCCACUUUCACAGACUCGGGGACACCCCAUAUUCCUGACAGAAGCCUGGAUAUGUAUUUUGCCACCCAACACCUUUCUGUCAUGUUAACUUGGAUGGUAAGCUUGGAUGGGCUUGGAUGGUAAGGUGUCAUCAGUUAAAUAUAGUAGGGGGACCUGGUCUGAGGAACAAAUAUGCUUCUCUAAAGAACCCCUCAAGCUGCAGUUUGGCACUGAACGUUUGCUGUUCUAAAAGCACAUCGAAAAUAGUAAAAAAUAAAAUUUAUUUGAGAUGCACACAGAAUAUUACAGCUUCUUCAAGUAACUUUCAGCAGGGUCAUUGCAUACAAAACCCAAACAGAGUUGUAAGCUUUGGGGUGGAAUGCAUCUCUUACUGUCUCGCUUUUGAAAAAAACUUAACUGUCUUUGGAAGUGAAACUGGAGGGAAUGUUUUACUACACCUUGAUUUAGAAGUUGCUAGGGCUACUGGGAACCAGAUGCAGUUAAUGGACAGGAUCCAGCUUGUGGGCUACCAACUGACUAUCCUUGAUCUUAUUAGUUGACAACAGUUGCUUUCUGAAACUAGGUGUUCAACGGUUUUGUUCCUUUUGUUUAGCAAAGCAUAUUUGCAUGCAUACCACUUAAAUUAGAUGGAACUUGGUGGCCUUACUGCUGCCCCCUUCCCCAUCCCAAAGUUUCAGUCCCAGUGCCUUUUUGUUGUUGUUCAUAAGAUAUGGCUCCCAGUACUUUUCUGAGCACAAUUCAAACAGUUGGUGCUGACCUUUAAAGCCUUAAAUGCCCUCAGCCCAGUAUACCUGAAGGAGCGUCUCCACCCCAUCAUUCAGCCCAGACCCUGAGAUCCAGCACUGAGGGCCUUCUCGUAGUGGCGCCCACCCUGUGGAAUGCCCUCCCAUCAGAUGUUAAGGAGAUGAGUAAUUAUAUAACAUUUAGGAAACAUCUGAAAGCAGUCCUGUAUAGGGAAGCUUUUUAAGGUUUAAGGUUUUAUUAUGUUUCUAUAUAUGCUGGAAGCCAGCCAGAGUGGCUGGGGCAAUCCAGUCAGAUGGGUGGUGUACAAAUAAUAAUAUAUAUUAUUAUUAUUAUUAUUAUUAUUAUUAUUAUUGAUUAAUUACUUCUAUUACUACAAAUAAUUCUUGAAGCAAGUCUUAAAAUGCUUGCCUCUCUUUCCAACGGAAGGUAAAAAGAUCACUAAAACUCCAGAGGCAAGGCUACCACUGGGCAAUAUCCAUACAUUACUGUUCCUGUAUAUUCCUUUUGUGUGUAUCUUGAAUGAGACACAGGUAGGCCCACCUGUAUCUUCUUUCUUUCUAUUUGAGUGCCAUGCAAAGCAGUCCUGCUGUUGUUUUUUUACUGCAACAACUAUAUUUGCAAAAGGGAACAGUGCUGAAAAUUGGGAUAGCAUUGAUGGGAGGAACCCGUUCAGAGUGGUGCCCCAACACAGCCUGUGCAUGUUCCCUGCACUGACCAAACACAACGUUCAGAGUUGGGAAUUGCGCAGGGGAUGUAAUUAAUAAGCAGCCGCUCAUCUGUUCCCCAGCCCUCGCCUUUUCCCUACAGCCCGCAAUUUAUUAAAGCGGGGCCUUUUGCGAGGCAGGCUCUCACUAAAAAACCUCUCAGCCUAUGUUCGCAUGUUUCUAAUGUAACCAUUAAAACGUAGCCCGAAGACAGCAAUAAAAACCCUGGAACGCCUUAGUGCUUUUGUGUCUUGAUCAAAGUCAAUGUGUGUAAUCUCGUUAAGGCUGCCCUUCCCUCCUCCUCCUCUUUAUGAAUUUAAUGGCACGCGGCAGCUGGGCUGGGUGUUUCAUACUCUCUGACCUGCAUUGUUCUAAUUAAGGUAUCUCCUUUUAUUUUGGGCACAAAAGAGACGCUUGUGUGUGCCUACUGUGUAUGUGUGGUUUUUUAGAGUAGCAAGGAACCUUGGCGUAAUGGAUUUAAUAAUUGCCACAAGUUACCUUUCUUUGGAUGCAAAGCUGGCUUUCUUCCCUCUUGGUGAGGAGAGUGCCGCGAGUCCUCUGUGUGCAGCACACAUGGAAAAAUGUGCUCCGUAAAGAGGGCAGCAUAUUUCUCAUGUUGUGCAAUAAACAAUUUGUUGCAGUUAAUGGGAGUUAUGGGGCGAGGCUGGCUUGCUGGGCUUCCUGACAUGUUUGAACAUUUCUGGAGAUUUGCCAUUCUUCCCCCCGUUAGGGAAAAAGUCAAGCUUUUCCUUCUGUGUCUGUGUUUUAUAUGACCAGACUAAAUGUUUGCUUGGACUUCUUUGUACUGCGGACUAAGUAAGGAAACUGGAAACAAAGUGGGCAUGAAAUUCUUAAAUUAACAUAGGGAUGAACAUACUCUAUGUCUCUGCCUGAGCCAAAGCAUUCUCUAUUCACUAACACAGGAAUCACUGAAGAGCUGACCUGCAAUAUUUCUCAUUUUUGACUGGCCUCCCAGAAAUGACUGUCACGUUCUUCGCUCUGGGUGACAGUUUUACCUGCUAAUCAUUAAUAUGUCAUUUUCGGUGCAUAAAGUUAUUUUCCAUCCUUAUCCUUUUCAUCUCCCCAAGAACAACCAUGUUUAGCUGCUUUCCCAUUUCCCAUCUGGGAACUAUAGCUGUAACAGCCCUGAUAUUGGAAAUACAGUUGCUGCAUUUGUUGAAAGGAAACAGAGUUUAAAAAGGCAGUGGGAAUAAAAGACUACCCACAGCGAUGAGAGAUUUGGACCCAAUUUAAUCCUGCUUUCUGGUCAGCUGGAGCAACUGCUUCCAAAGUAAAAAAACAGUGCAGUCUGGGACAUAGAGAGUUAUUAGGGUGAGGAAACUGAAGCGGGAGAAGAGGAUGUUUUCUUUUUCCUCUUCCUCUCCAUGUAUAAAAUUAAGUUUGUAGCAGAAAAGCUUGUUUGCCUUCAAUAUAGUGACCCAAUUUAGAUGUAAGGGAGGUAAACAAAGAGCCCAGGAUUGGACAGCACACUAAAGCAUGGCAGCAAGGGAGGGAGGAGCAGAGCAGCUGUAAUUUCCUCUCUGGGAGCCUGCAGGUUAAUGCUAAACCAUGGUUUGACUUAGCAUUACGUGCAAACUGAGCCGGUAGCAAAGCUUACCAGGUUGCAUUUGAAGAUGUACAGGUAGCACUUGUCUCUAGUGCAUAGCAGUUUGGGGGUUCCUGUUGCCUGCAUGGCUUCCUGGCAGACCUUGUGGAUAAUUAUCUUCUCCACGUAGAAUACUUUUAAGAGAGGGAACAUACUUUGGCAAGUAAGAUGAAACAAUAUUAGGCUACACAGACUAAAGUCUGAUUCAGAAUAAGGCAGUUUUUUAAGUGUAUACUGCUCAAAUAUUCAAAACUCUUUAAAAAAAUCAAAAUGCUGGAACUGCAUAGAGCCCAAGCAAAUCUAUUAUUGUUGUUAUUUAUUAAAUGUCUAUACCGUCCUUCAGCCAAAGAUCACAGGGAGGUUUACAAUAUAAAACACCAAAACAUACCACAAUAACAAACAAAAACAAUACCCCCAUAUGCACACAAUUUAAAAAGCCAUAGAUAGUUUUAAUUAGCCCAAAGAUGUGGGAGUAGAGGAAUGUCUUGCCUGAUGCCUAAAUAUAUGUAACUUAUGCAUGGAUUAUAUAACUGUAUUCAUUGAUAGAUAGAUUUGAGUUUUUGUGCAGGAUUUUGAAUUGUUUUAGCCCACUCAGUUGAAGAUACAUGCAUCAAGUGUCUGAUACUGCUAGGUGGUAUGCAAACCUUAGAAACAAUGUAGGCCCCUGACUGCAGCAUACAAUCUAGAGCAAAAGUGAGGAGCCUGUGGCCUAAGAGUCCCAUGGGUCCCUUGGCCUAAUCUCAUGUGGGUGGGGGAGCCCAGAGGGACAGAAGGAGAAUGGGGUGUUGGAGGAAGUAACCUGAAAGGUAACAAUGGAAAUGGGAGGUGGGUCCCCUGUAAUUGAUCAGUACAGAACUAUAGCAAGAGUUACCUGCCCCUCUCCUGGCUUGCCUGCUGGGCAGGGAGAAAGUAGGCGAUUUGAAGAAAGGAAGAAGGGAUGGCCUGCCCAUUCUUUCUUCUGGCCAUGCCCACUGCCCAGUAUAUGACUCCUGGGAGAUUACUUUUGAGAGAUUUCUGCCCUUUACAGAAAAAAUAAAAAUCUUGAUGCAGAAAUUGACAAGACAUAUAGGGGGAAAGUGAAAGAAAAGGAAAGAAGUGUCAGUGAGGAUAAGCCAGGGCGUUUAACCUCACCCCAAUGAGUACAUUGUUCUUAUAACCUUUCCCUGCAUCUCUCCUCUCUCUUUUCCUCCAUACACCCUAUGCAGGCUUGGGUGAACGGCAUAGCUCAGGUGUUAGGAUCAUGAUUAUGCUUCUUGCCCCUCCAGAAUCUUGUGGUCUUGGUCCUCUCCCUCCUUUGGUAUGUGUUCCUCUUUUUCCCCAUCCAUAACAUGGUGAUUGCAUAGUUCUCUUAGGCAAGGCAUUGAUGAGCUUGUAACCUUUGAGUGAAAUUUGUUCUCUAAUCUCUUCAAUGGCAAAGCUCCCGCCUCUUUUGCAGAUCAGGCAAAGGAAUUAUCGUGCGCUGCAAAUGUUCAGUUUUCCAGGUUUUGAAGAAAAUUCUCCACCAUGUUCUCAAAGCACUGUUCCUUCCUGACAUAGUGUGAGAUAUAAUGACUUUGCAAAGUGGGUAGUACUCAUUAUUUUUCAAAACUCCCCAAAGUGAUUAGCCUGCAUUCUAGAUCAAUCACUUGCCAAAAUUUAAUUAAGAAUGCGUGGGGGCAAAUAAAACCCUUCUCUUCAUCAUUCCUUUUUGGUGCCGUGUUUCAGCCCCGGAGCUACGUUUUGCAGCCGGGUUUUAUAAACCCUGGAAAACUGGGGUUUAUAACGGAAAAGCUGAGGUGGCCUUCAGUGCAGCGUACACUGCUGUUACCCAUCAAGGCUUUUCCAUGGGGCCACGAUGAAAGGAGCAGGAGGACAUUUCAGAUAUUUUUUUUUCCAUGUUCAACAGGUGUGGCUUAUUAUUCCACAGUAUUUUUAUUUCAAGGGAAAAGUUUAGUAACCCCAGCUGGCAGGUGAGCAGGAUGGGGUUGGGGGAAGGAAGUCCUUUUUCACUGGCUCCAUGCCAGGGCAUGUGUGAGAGGCUUGUUUAAUUGCUUCUGUAACGAGUACUAUAUGCAGGGUUGAGAAAUGUUUAAAUAGAAGAGUGAGCCUUUGAGUGCCUUAAACUUCUGUUGCGCAUAGCCCACAUCCCUGGAUGUAAUCAGCAGGCCUUGUAGCUUGCCAUUCAAAAUGCAGUUUCUCUGUGUGACUGGGGUGGGUGGGCUGAGGCGAGAUCUGUUCUUGGAAUAAAUUGUUCAUGUUGAGCUUCCUCAGAGUAGGUCGGUAUAAGUCCGCAACCUUUGUCUUGCUUACCUUUUUGUGUGCAAAAUACCCUUAUAACUCAUAUUUCAUUUACCCUCAUAGCAUCUGCUGUUAUAAACUAGGCUGCAUCAUCCACAAAAAAUUAAGACAAGUUUCCAAUACCUGAAGCUAAUAUUCUGGGUACUGCUUUUGGUUCAGUUGGGAUACAUUUUGUUGCAUAAUCAUGAUUGGUAUAUAGGUAACAUGAAAUAUGGGUUGGGGCUCAUAAGACAUGGUAGAGGUAAGAGGGGUGGGAGUGGUUCUGAGAGAGCCAUUAAGUUCAGAUACUGAAGCCUGUAGCAUAAACUUGAUGUUUUCAUGUUCUCUGCAGCCAUGAUGGCUACCUACUUGGGAGCCAGCACUGAUUUCAGCAUAGUGGUUUACUAGACCUGUUGCUGAUCAAGGAGACAUGGGGCAACUAGCACAGGGGAAUCUGGCUGCAGGCACAGAUUUGGCAGGGUCUUUCCUCCCUCCUCUAGCAACAACUGUAUAUGCCUCUACUUUGUGUAUAUUGACGUACUAAGGCAGAUGGGGUGAAGUAAUAUAGUGCUUGUUUUUAAAAUCUUGGGAUUGCUUAUCAAAGGGUUUUGCUCAGAUAGUUUUACAAUUUUAACUACCUUUGGAUACUAAUCUUUUAAAUCCUGGUAGCUUCAUCACUUAAUUCCAUUGCCUCUGUAUUAUACAGUUCUCAGAGUCUACCUCUUGUAUAUCUUCUCCAUUUAUUUAAAUAUUUAUAAGUGACACUUUUGUGAAAAUACAACAAAGGGUACACCAUUCAAAAAUUACAGCCUGUGAUUCCAGAGCUACAUCGUGCAUUCAAAACCACAAAAGGGAGGUUGGAUUGCAGACAGGAUGAACUGAUCAUUUUUCUAAAGUUAGGUGCUAUUAUUUGAUUCCCUCUCAUUGCACUUCUUAGCUGAUGUCCUAGGCUGCAUUUGCUUUCAGAAAAGACACAUACAGUGUUGCCUGUCGCUCUUCUCAUCUGCUGUCUGUCACACCUGCCAAAUCAAAUGAUGACUGGCAUAUGUUGACCCAUAUUCAGAGACUUACCGUAUUUUUCGCCCUAUAGGACGCACUUUUUCCCCUCCAAAAAUGAAGGGGAAAUGUGUGUGCGUCCUAUGGAGUGAAUACAGGCUUUUGCUGAAGCCUGGAGAGCGAGAGCCUCUUGCUCUCCGGGCUUCAGGAAGCUCCGUGCGGGGCUCCCGAGGGUUCCGCGGAGCUGCCUGCGCUCCCGGGCGUGCAGCUCUGGCUCCCGUGCUGGGGUCGGGGGAAGCUCAGGCUUCCCCCGCCCCAGCCCCACGCAACCUCCCAGAGUGAUGCCGAAGCUGCGCUCAGCUUUGGCAUCGCUCUGGCUCCCGUUCUGGGGGCUGGGGUCGGGGGAAGCUCAGGCUUCCUCCGCCCCAGCCCCGCGCCUGUACGGGGGGAAAUAAAAUUUUUUCCCUUUAUUCCCCCCCCCCCCCAAAUCUAGGUGCGUCCUAUGGGCCGGAGCGUCCAAUAGGGCGAAAAAUACGGUAAGUUAACACCCCGACCUGUUAGGUUAAUUGAUAAAUUGUGUCAGCCAUUGUUUUGCUUCAUUCAGUUUUCAACUUCCUUUUUCCUUGCCCAGGUUUCAGUUUCCCUUACUGGUGCAGAUGAAAUCUUUAUGUCUGUUCAAAUGGAAGAUGAGUUUUCUGUCUUUGGUUAUUGAAGGGAAUAAUAAUAAUGAUGAUGAUGAUGAUUUAUUAUUUAUACCCACCCAUCUGGGAGGCUUCCAACAAAAUAUUAAAAUACAGUGAUCUGUUAAACAUUAAAAGCUUCCCUAAACAGGGCUGCCUUCAGAUGUCUUCUAAAAGUCUGGUAGUUGGUCUUCUGUUUGACAUCUGGUGGGAGGGUGUUCCACAGGGUGGGUGCCACUACCGAGAAGGCCCUCUGCCUGGUUCCCUGUAACUUGGCUUCUUGCAGUGAGGGAACCGCCAGAAGGCCCUCGGCGCUGGACCUUAGUGUCCAGGUAGAACAAUGGGGGUGGAGAUGCUCCUUCAGGUAUACAUACUGGACCAAGGCUGUUUAGGGCUUUAAAGGUCAGCACCAACACUUUGAAUUGUGCUCGGAAACGUACUGGGAGCCAAUGUAGGUCUUUCAAGACCGGUGUUAUGUGGUCUCAGCGGCCACUCCCAGUCACCAGUCUGGCUGCUGCAUUCUGGAUUACCGUAUUUUUCGUUCCAUAGGACGCUUCGUUCCAUAGGACGCACCUACUUUGGGAAAUAGCGAAAUUUUGCCCUGUAUUUCCCCAAAGCCAGAUCGGGGAACAGUAGGAUGGCAGCGCUGCACUCCCGUUGUCCCCGAGCUUGGAGGCUGGCCCAUGUCUGCCCGGCGUGAGGGGCGCUCUGCUUCAGGGCGCCCCACCCGCCGGGCGGCAGGCUGCAGACACCUGCGCGAAGCACAGGGCGUCCUCCGGAGGGCGCCCCGUGCUCCGCGCUGCAGGCUGCCGUCCGCAAGCCUUGCGCUCCCGGAGGGAGAUCCCUUGCCGACACCUGCGCACCUGGUCCUUCAGGGGCACAGUUACCCUAUUCAGGACCAGGGAGUCCUCCACACCCGCCCGCCUCCUGUCCCCCCAAAACAGUGCUUCUGUCUUGUCAGGAUUCAACCUCUGUUAGCCGCCAUCCAUCCUCCAACCGCCUCCAGACCUUCACUGCCUUCACUGUUUCCGAUUUGAAAGAGAGGUAGAGCUGGGUGUCAUCCACAUAUUGAUGAACACCCAGCCCAAACCCCCUGAUGAUCUCUCCCAGUGGCUGCAUGUAGAUGUUGAAAAGCAUGGGGGAAGAGGCCAGAACCCUGAGGCACCCCACAAGUGAGAGCCCAGGGGUCUGAACACUCAUCUCCCACCACCACUUUCUGAACACGGCCCAGGAGGAAGGAGCAGAACCACUGUAUAACAGUGCCCCCAGCUCCCAGCCCCUCUAGACGAUCCAGAAGGAUGUUAUGGUCGAUGGUGUCAAAAGCCGCUGAGAGAUCCAGCAGAACUAGGAAACAGCUCUCACCUUUCUCCCUAGACCGCUGGAGAUCAUUGACCAGUGCGACCAAGGCAGUUUCAGUCCCAUGGUGAGGCCUGAAUCCUGACUGGAAGGGAUCCAAAUGGUCCGCUUCUUCCAGGCAUGCCUGGAGUUGUUCAGCAACUACUCGCUCAAUCAGCUUGCCCAAGAAUGGAAGAUUUGAGACUGGGUGAUAGUUGGCUAUAUUGGCAGCAUCUAAAGAUGGUUUUUUAAGAAGCGGUUUAAUGACCGCCUCUUUCAGCAGGUCUGGGAAAGCUCCCUCACAGAGAGAAGCAUUCACCACCCCACGAAGCCCAUUGCCCAGCCCUUCCUGGCUAGCUUUUAUAAGCCAGGAUGGGCAAGGAUCAAGGAGACAGGUGGUUGGUUUCACUCGUCCAAGCAGCCUGUCCACAUCCUCGGAGGUAACUGAUUGGAAUUGAUCCCAAUAAGGGUUCUCAGAGGCUGUGGUCAGACUAUGCGUAUUCAGCAAUCACAGAACUGACUUUGUGUGACUUCAUUUUGGAGCUCCUCCUUUCUAGCACCUUUCAAGUUUCCAGCAUUCAGUGUUUCAAGAUGAAUCAUACCUGGGCAGCAAAAACGCCUCUACUUCUCAAGCAUUUUCCUCCAUCUCCUCUAUCAACCUGGUUCUUGCCAAAAUAUUUUGAAAGUUGAAAGUGCACACACAUUUAAUUUCAUACAUGUGCUAUUGUUUUUCCCAUCUUCGUGCUUUCUGCUCGUGCCUGUUGGGAACAGCUUUACUCUGAAGCCGACAAAGUGUGAGGGAUAGCCUUGAGGGCCCAGUGCCAGAACAAGUAGUGUGAGAAGUGGCCCAGGGAGUCAGUUUGAACAUGAAAGCAAAAAGACUGUGGUAGCAAAUAAACCAUGCGUCAGGUCCUUCAUUUCUCUUCUGGUCUGCUACCAGCUGCCAUUAGUAGCAGCUUUAUGUGAGGAAAGAGAGUCUGCCUCUUCCCUAGAUUGAAGUCUAAUUCACAUAGUCUGCUUCCUGCAAUUAUGGGAAAUAAUGUGUAACUUCUGACUGCUUCCCUUUCUUACUCUAUAGUGAUGUGUUUGAGGUAGGGUUCUUUCUCUUUCUAACUUUCUCCCUCUUUAUCUCCCACAGGGUGCCAAGAAGCUGUGCCCUCAGUGCAAUACCAUCACCUCUCCAGGGGACCUCAGGCGUAUCUACUUAUGAAGGACAUGGCUGCUCAGACCAGGGAUUUGGGGGAAAGAAAUGGCAGCAACAAUGAAAGACAUUUGAAAGCAAAACCUAGAGACUCCAAAUGUGAACUAGAGGCUGAGGGAGCAGCGCAAUGCCUCUGCUUCCAAACCUGUCACUGGUGCCGCCAACUCCACGGGAAGGCCAAACCAGAAUCCUUAUUGUGAAUCCCCGCCUUUUUUUACAGACUGAUGUUCCACACCUGUCCUAUUUCUUCAAGAGUGAGGUUCCAUCUUGGACGACUUGCAAGCCUUUCCAGGGGAGCGUCUUGACAAGCCAACCUGGCCCAACCCCACAUGCCAGCUCAAGUAGGGACUGGAUCUUCCACAUCAGGAACUGUCAUAACCUGUCACUUGUGUUCUCUCCCCUCCCCUUUUUUGUGGUGUUCUAGUGUUUUUUUAGAAGUCAGAGAGAAAGAGAGAGCCUACACUUGCAAACCCACAAAGGCAGAAUGAAGCACAUGUAAUAUAGACUAUAUGUUUACAAUGUUGUGUAUAAAUGGGAUAGACUCCAACAUUACAUACUAAUAUGUUUCCCUUUUAUUUUUUCCUUUGUUCUUGGGUUGUACUUUUUUUAAAAAAGAGAAAAAAAUAAGCAGAGAACAUUAAACCCAUAUUUUUCUUGGUUCUACAAAGUUUUGGCAUUAAAGUCAUUAGUUUAAAAGAAAUAUAAAUAUAUAUAUAUUAUACAUAUAUAUAAUAUAAAUGGUUUAAUGUUCUGUGGUGUAUAUUUCCUCAUUCAGAUAUGACGUUAACAGCUUCUAGUAACAGCUGUAGUUUUUGCCCGUAACACAACUUCUGGGGGAAGUAGGGAAAAGUAGCUAAUGGGCUCUUUUUAUCAAAUCUUUAUCACACUGAAACAGUUUUAAUUUUUCACUGAGGGGAAAGCAAGAAACUUGCAGAUCAGGCUUACAAUGCUUUACCCCAUUGCCAGCUGGGUAAAGGACAGAAGUUUACAUGAAGACAGAGGAGCAAAAAAUAGGUUGGCAGUGGUGGUUAUCAGAAUUCAGGGCUGUAAGUUUAUCUCUUAAAAGCUGAAGUCCUCUUUAGUUCAAGCAUAUUGUAUUCACCCGCCUCUGCGCCUGCUCUGUAGCUCUUCCUGUGAUGCAAGAGUAAAUGCAAAAACAGCUGAAAAAACACCAUAUUCUAGCCAUCCAGUAUCUGAGCGGGGGUGGGGUGGGGCGCAGGAAGUACUCUAGCACUUCCUCCAUUCUACUUCCUCAUGAAAGAUGAUGUGUUUCAUUAGUCAGGCGGGUUCUGUAUCACUCUGGCAUACUGUUUUGCCAUGCCCAGCCACUGCCAGUCUGCCUUGCUCUGAAAUGCUUUUCCGUGUAGGUGCAACAUGAUGUCCUAAUUUUUCAGAGGUUCAGGUCCAGUAAUACAUCAGGUUCCAGUUUUGAAAAGAAAAGAAAGUGGGGUAUGUGUUGGCUUUUUGUGACACUGGUUUCGUUUCCUCCUGUUCUCUCUCCUACUUGUACUGUGGCAAUAGUGGAACUGAACCCAGGCAGGUCCACACAAGGUUGGAUUCAGUUAAUCCCUCUUCGCCUGUUUCUGCAGCGUUCCUGACAUCAACCUUUUACUCAGACCCCUGUUCUGCAUUUGAAAAUAUCUCCAGCUGUGGCUCACGUAUAUUCUGCUUACUACCUGCCUUAAUCAGAAACAAGCAACUGACAUUUUUAAAUACAUAGCCAAACAAGCCGCCUGCAUUCCACCCGAGGGAAAUUUUACAGGGUUGCCGGAAGCUUGAAAGGGGAAGCAAGCACUUUGCUUGGCAAUAAUUUGGGUAGGCAAAUGUCCCUGUCAUGAAUCACCUUUUAAACUGAGGCAGACUGCUGCUCUGGGAUAUCCUGCAAGGUAUUUUGUUCUUUUUCUCUAAUCUGUGACUUAAGCACUAAAGGUUGCACUAAAACAUCUGGCUAUCGUCAGUCAUGCUGUUGUCAAAAGGAUUGGUUUUAUAUGAAUGAGACUUCUACCACAAGAGAGUUGUAUUUUGCAGUACAGGAUUCCAUAUUCCUGUUGCAAUUUGGCUGAUAAUGUGCUACUGCUGUCUACUGAAUGCAAGCUGGAAAUGGCUAUUAUCAGCAGGGCCUUGCUGUUUGACUUCACCCUGUUCAACACACACUAUUGUCUGGUGGGAAAUAGUUUCAUACCCUUUGAGCAGGCGCAGCCAAUAUGGUGCCCUCCAGAUAUUGGGACUACAACUCCAAAUAUCCCUAACCAUUGGCCAUGUUGGCUGGGGCUGAUGUGAGUUGGCAGUCUCCUAACAGCUGGCAGGCACCAUAGUGGCUACGACCGCAAAAUUCUAAGCUUCCAUUGUGUCCAAAGAACUUCUGAACUGCUAUGUCUCACUCAAAGUGUUUCUGAUUGCUGCUACAUAGGAACGAGUCUGAGGAAGGGCCAUCUGCAGCCUGUAUUAACAGGAGAAACACAUCUUCAAGCAGCAGUUGAUUGGCAUCAUAAAUAGGUAGCAAUAGUUUGCAAAAGGCACAAAGUUUCAGCAACUGCCUUUGCUCACGAUGGGGCUUCCUCCACUGGUAUAGCACUUAAGCCUUCCUAAAGGCAAUCAAAUGAAAUUUGUCAUGGUGGGGAUGUCUGAAUUGCACCCAAACCUGCUCACCUUGUACAAGCAAUCUCUGCUCAGGCAUUUAGGACAGAGCUAUAUUUCUCCCAGAUCUGUUUCAGAAUAGGCAGUGCUGAGGCAGCUCAUUUUUGAUUUCCCAGUCUGGGAACAAUGAGCUUUCUCUGGUCCUGUGGACCACCACUAAGCCAAAUGAAUAUAUAUAAACCACAUAUAACUAGUAGGCUUUAUUUUUAAAGUUGAUUUGUCCCUGCUUUUUUUCUUGAGAGGGUAGGGAGGGGAGAGAAGACCUGAUGGGAAGAUGCAAGGACUUGUUACCUCCUCUGGAGCGAGGCACAUUUAGCAAAACUCUGUGACUUCGUCCUCAAAAAGCUUAAAAAGAAAUGAACUAUCUUUGCCCAAAGAUUCCCAGCUGCACAAGGUGAUAUUCAAGUUGUGUCUAUGAUUGUGUGUCGAUGUAUAUUCUAUAAAAAGGUACUUGUCAUUCCCGUUUGUAAACUACAUUGACAUUAAUUAAAUGAGUAUAAAAUCUUCCAA